GAAAAGGAAAUAUAUAGGGCGAUGCUCGCCUUGCGCUUUUACGCAUUUCUAGGGUGCUUUGGAAGCUGUCGGGGGUUCUGUUGGCAACCGCGCCGGCGUCUUCAGGCGAGUUCCAUUCCCGGGGGCGCGGGUGGGGAGCGUGGCUUACUUAGGCUGGGGGGAAAGGCACAGCUCAAAUCCCUGCUCCUCUAAGACAUCUGGAUCUAGUGGAGAAGGUGGUCGUGUUUAGGCUGGCUUUCCUUCCAGGGUUGUUGUGAGGAAAAAGAGGGGCGCAGGGGGGUGGGGUUUGGAACCAUGAGCACCACCACCUGAGCUCACCUGAGGACGAGAGACCUGUUUUGAAAUAGUACAGAGGUCCCCUGCUUUGAAGUUUCCUGCUAAAAUCUAAUCUUCGCUCUGCAAGCUGUUCUGUGUUUGACCAUCCCCACCCCUGAAGCAUGAGUUUAGAACUGCCCUACCUCGCAGGCUUGUUGUAAAGAUUACUGGGAAUGUAAAUGAAGAUGAUGUUAAUGUGAAGUGUAUUUAACAAAGGUUGGGUUGUUGUUGUUUUUGUUGUUGUUGUUUUGCUAUGUUUAUGCUCCAGAGGUCGGAGCUUCCUUGCGUUACAGCAGAGCAGCGAAAGUAUGGCUGUGAUUUCUCCCCCACCUCUUUUGAUAUUUAGCACCUGUGGAUAAAAACUGCACAGGCCACUAAAAUUAUAAUGGAAAUGCUUCGACAGCCAAAACAAAGUUGCAAGUUGGCAUGUUUUUGCAUCUAAUUUGCUUUGGUCGUUGCUUUGUCUUUCGCUUCCUCCAGUUUUGUAACUUUGUUCUCUAGGGCUGCAAUGCUUUUCCUGCUUAACCAGGAAUAAAUCCCACUGAACUCAAUGGGACUUAUUUUUCAGUGCGCAUGUAUUGGGACGGGGCCUGUCCCUUUGUAUUUUGCAUAGCAUCUAGGUCUUUAGGCACAUAUCUACAACACUGGUAAUUGUUAGGUUAACUGGGCUGUAGCCAACUUAAGUUCCACUCAGAGUUAACCCGUUGAACUGAUGCAAAGGAAAGAGGUGGAUUUGCCCUGCCAGACUUUAAACUUUAUUAUGAAUCAGCAGCUUUUUGCUGGUUGAAAGAAUGGCUACUUCUUGAAAAUACAGACAUUUUGGAUUUAGAAGGUUUUAACAACGUAUUUGGAUGGCAUGCAUAUUUAUGGUAUGAUAAGGUCAAAGCACAUAAAGCAUUUAAAAAUCAUAUUGUCAGGAAAGCACUGUUUAAUGUUUGGAUAAGAUACAAGGAUUUAUUGGAAAAUAAAACCCCAAGGUGGUUGUCACCGAUGGAAGUGAAAGCUCUGAAAAGGCUCAAUAUGGAGGCCAAAUGGCCGAAAUAUUGGGAAAUUUUGGAACAAGAAGGAGACAAAUUGAAAUUGCAGAGUUUCGAGAAACUAAAAAACAAAGUGAGAGAUUGGCUUCAUUAUUAUCAGAUAAUGGAGGCAUAUAAUUUGGACAAGAAAAUUGGCUUCCAGGUGGAAAAAUCAAAACUAGAAACAGAACUGUUAGAACCCAAAACUAAGAAUUUGUCAAGAAUGUAUAACUUGCUGUUGAAAUGGAAUACUCAGGAUGAAACGGUGAAAUCUGCUAUGAUUAAAUGGGCACAAGAUGUUGGAUAUAAUAUUAUGUUUGCUGACUGGGAACAGUUAUGGACCACAGGUAUGAAGUUUACGGCAUGUAAUGCCCUAAGAGAGAAUAUUAUGAAAAUGAUAUACAGGUGGUACAUGACCCCAGUCAAGCUUGCAAAAAUCUAUCAUUUGCCCGAUAAUAAAUGCUGGAAAUGUAAAGAAACUGAAGGUACAUUCUUUCACCUUUGGUGGACGUGCCCAAGGAUUAAGGCUUUCUGGGAAAUGAUAUAUAAUGAACUGAAAAAGGUAUUUAAAUAUACCUUCUUGAAGAAACCAGAGGCCUUUCUUCUGGGCAUUGUCGGCCAAUUGGUGCCAAAGAAGGACAGAACUUUUUUAUGUAUGCUACAACAGCAGCAAGAAUACUUAUUGCAAAGUAUUGGAAGACACAAGAUCUACCCACUUUGGAAGAAUGGCAGAUGAAGGUGAUGGACUAUAUGGAAUUGGCAGAAAUGACUGGCAGAAUCCGAGACCAGGGAGAAGAGUCGGUGAAAGAAGAUUGGAAGAAAUUUAAAGACUAUUUACAGAAAUAUUGUAAAAUUAAUGAAUGAUAGAAUGAUGUUGGAUAGUAAUUAAGCGGUUUCCAGCUGUAAUGCUCUAAGAGAAUAUGAAAAAAGGGUUAUAAAUGGGUUAAAAUCUAAUGGUAAGGAUUUGCUGAACCAAUAAAUUGAAGUGGAAUACAAAAAAGGGAGGUACGAGGAGGUCCGGGAAACAAGCUAAAGGAAAAUAAGUAAUAGAAAAUAUGUGUGUUUUUAACUGUUUUUAUUUUGUAUUUUUCUCUUUUCUUUUUCAUUUUUACUGCAAUAUUUCAAAAAACCUUAAUAAAUAUCAGAGUUAACCCGUUGAAAUUAAUAGACCUAAGUUAUUAGCAGUGCCCAUUCAAUCUCAGCGGGUCUGUUCUGAGUAUGACUAACAUUUGGAUACAGCUCAGUGUAUUUAGCUAAUUAAAGGACGCAUUUCUGUGUUUUGACAUCUGGGCACACUUGGGCCAUACAUCUUAUAACUGCUGCAGGUCUUUGUCCCAUAUGGUCUUUACUCCCCCAUUCUUAGUUGGUUGACAGCCUGCAUCUGUCCCAGUUCAUUCUAAUUAUAUGCAAAAGAGUGCUCUGUGUGUGUGUGUGUGUGUGAGAGAGAGAGAGAGCGAGAGAGCGAGAGAGCGCUCUUUUCUGUUUCAUCUGAUUGCUUGAAACCUAUUUUUAGUUCCAGAGAUCAGGCUCGGUUUAACACAUUGCAAUGAUGAACCUGGGGAAUUUCCUGCAAUAGCUCCCAAAAAGUCUGGACUACAUUAAAGGCACUACUGUGAAAGUGAGAACUUUUGUUGAGGGUGGCCGUUGAUAAAAACAACGUGUAACUCCCUACUGACAACUUUUCAAUGACUGGAAGAAGUAUCAAGCGCUGCAGCUGUACAGCUGACUUAGACAUGACUUUGGGUCAUGCGUUCUUGAUUUAAGGGAGACAUCUUUCCCCAUGAGCAGUGCAAGGCUGUUCUCAAAAGAACUGUCCUGUGAAGGGUCUGGCUCACCCUAGGGGGAUUUCAGACCUUCCUCAGGUUUUUAAUAAAUGAUUCUCCAGUUUUUUCUUUUAUAGAAACAAGGGGAAGAAGUCACUGGCUGCAUUCUGUCUACAAGACUCCUGUACCCAUUUAUCAAAUGGAACACAGCCCUUGCCGCCUGCUAGCGUUUGGUGGGAUUCUUAAAUAUCCAGUGGAUGGGGAUUUGUGGCUCCCUAUUGGAUGUCCCUGAGGAUGUGUUUAGCAAUGUGUGUCUGCCCUUUUGUAGUGGAACCCCAGUGCAAGACAUGGAGAGCUCUGGCCAACACGCUGGCUGUGUCAAGUGUGCAGUGAUUCAGUUUGUGCCCAUCUUGGCUACCAUGAUCUGGAUUUGCCUUUCCUCUCUUCCAGUCUUGUGUACGUGUUUGGUGCCACUGAGGUCAGCAGUGCACGUGGUGUACUUGAUUCAGAAGAAACCCUUAAAUAAUGCUUGGGAUAUAUACAGCACCACAAUGUGUGUCACAUAUGUUCUCUAGGUAGCCCUUGCAAAAGUUACCUGUGCAGUAAACGUUAUACAGUCUGGAUAAAUGAACAUGAUUACAUGGUUAAAGGUGCAGCAUCACUUUUUGGACUGAUGAAGCGUUAUUCUCACCAGGGUGGUGGCUUUGAUUUGCCUUCCCAUGAUUGCCUUCCCAUGGUUCAAUCUUUGAAAAACAGCUUUGAAUAACUUUUUCAUAUUCUCCAGUGUGCUACCCUUGCUGUUAUGGUGGCAUGGAGUUGCCGUUCUGUGAUUAGACUUACGCUACUUGUUGAACGGUUCAUUUAUCCAGUCUGUAUAACGUUUACUGCACAUGUAACUUGUUAAGAUACAGUUGUACAUUUAUCCACUCCAUGUUUACAGUAUCCAGGAUAUUUACUUAAUUCUUUUCUCCACCUCCUUUCUCAUUUUUCUUUUCUAACUGACACAAACACUCUGUGGCCAAUUGAGCUGUCCUUCCUUCCUUCCUUCCUUCCUUCCUUCCUUCCUUCCCCCUUCCUUCCUUCCUUCCUUUCCUGUAUCUUGUUUAUGCUAAUACCACCUCUUUGUUUUUUGACUUACCAUGUUUUGGCUGUACAGUGGUACCUCUGGUUGUGGACGGGAUCCGUUCUGGAGCUCUGGUCGGAUUCCGAGGUUUUUGCAACCGGAGGCAUCUGUUCUGCGCAUGCGCACGGUAGAGCGCUUCUGCACAUGCGCACGUGGUGAAACCCGGAAAAAUACUUCUGGGUUUGCUGCGUGCGUAUCCUGAAGGAUAUUUAACCAGAGGUGCUUGUAAGUAGAGGUACCACUGUAAUUCUGUUUGCACUCAGUAUCUGAAUUAGAAGUGGUGGUGUUGUAGCCAGAAGAUGAGACUGAGAGAAAGCCAAGGAGUUAACCAGGAAGUCCAGGGGUCUACAUUAUAAAUUCAUAAUGACGCAGAGCAAUCCAUGCAUGUUUGCUCAGAAGUAAGUUCUGGGGCUGGGCGACAUCUUGUUUUCGACAUCAUGAUAUAUCACCAACUAAAUAUUGCAAUAUAUGGAUAUAACACAAUGUCUGAAAUAAGGAUGGAACUAUGUAGAGGCAGACAGUAGGGCUGGGCAAUAUAUGGUUCUCAACUUUGUGAUAUAACACCAGCUAAACGUUGUGAUAGACUGUUGUAUCUCAAGUCUGAAAUAAGGAUAAAAUUGUGCAGAAGCACUUGUCUGGCUUCACAGUUUCCCCCACAUUGUGAUUUUUGUACAGCACACACGCACAUCUUGAGUUGCAAUAUAUUGCCAGGUCGAAAACUAUGAAACCGAUAUCACAAUAUGGACUUCGAACUGGUUUUGGAUGAUAUAUCAAUCUAUCGCCCAGUCCUUGUAAGUUCCACUUUUACUUACUUUCAGAUUAAUUCUCCCUGUGUUUGCUGCUUUCGUGACACUACCUCAGUGUCUUCCUGACCACGCUUUUGAGCGGCAUUUCAUAUAUGACGGUGCACAUGAUCUCUGAGCAGGAAAAGCGUCAAGUAAAAUGAGACUUAAGGGCAUUUAACUGGUCGGAGGACUGUAGCCUUUAUGUGCAGGCCUUGUGAGAUAAAUGGCAUGCGAAGCUAAAGACUGUGUCAUGACCCAGAGGCAGAAAUCCAGCCCAAUUUGUUUCGUGAAAGCCUGCAUACCCUCGAGAUCCAAAUUACAAGCCGAGGAGCAGCAGUUUGUUCUGAGGUUUGCACCAGAUCAGCAGCAGAGGCAAAAAAAUAGCAGCUGGACUCCCUGACAAUCUUUUCUGUGCUUCCUAGCCGAGACCACACUGCCUUCCAUAUUAUCGCUCCCUAUGUCUGACCAGAAGAUCCUCAUAAAAUUGCUUGACAGCACAGGAAGUCGCAAAGCAGGGUUGCCAGAACAGAUCUUAUUUAGGCUCUGAAUGACUUCAGAGUUCCAUUAACUUUUUAAAGGGAGAAGCCAGAUUCUGAGAAUAUCCGGCUCAUUGCUGGAACUGAUGAGAUGCAACUGCUAAUGCGCUGGUGGAAGGAAAGGAAGGGCAGCCAGCACCGAAAGCUCUGUGAGAUACACCAAUUCACCUAAAAGCUUAAAGUAACAAGACAGUGGCAUAAGUUUUGCAGAGGACUGCCUGCUUCAGAGGCAGCAGCAAAUCAGCUGGAAAACACAUUGGGCAUCUUCAGUGCCACCACAAACUUCUGCUUGCUCAGAAUCAAGUUUGUGGCCUUGCCUCUCGCUCAUUUAUUUUCCCCUCCUCAUUGUUAAUUCACUGAGCUAUCCCGCUUUUUACGGUUUCGUGCUGUCGAAACAGGCAUCUUUAAGAGUUGAGGCAUGGCUGCUGUAUAUGCACCCAGACUUGGGACCUGAUGGGAUUAGGAGAUGCUUCAGAACAGCACUUCAGAUGCUGCUGGGUUGAUGGGGGACAAGGAGGUUCCCCUGUGGCCCAGUGUUGGCCCUCCAGAAAUUGGGCAAUUCUUGUAUGGGAAGGAGCUAUAGCAUGGUCCUGGGGCAUUUCAUAAGAACAAAGGAAGCUGCCUUGAAUCACAUCAUUGGUCCAUCUAUCUGGUAGAGCUUUGUCUGCAGAAGGUUCCAGGUUCCAUUCCUGACAUCUUCCGGUGAGGUUGGAAGAAACCCCGGUCAUUGCCGUCAGGGUGGAUAAAAAUCCAUGAUCUUUCUAAAGGAAAAAUCUUUCUAAAGAUAGUAUUCUAUUUAAGUUAGAUUAUAGUCCAAAGGCUAUUAAUCAGGAAAUAAGAUUUUUUCAUGUGUGCUAAAACUCAGUCUUAAGUUUUUUUUAAAAAUUGUUUAACCACAUCAGUUAACAAACAUGCAUAUGCUAUGAUGUUAUUGUUUUAGUUAAAUAAAUUGUUUAAAUUGUUAUUAAGGAGAUGAUUGUUUUUCUCCUUCCAAUAAAGUACAGCAGAAAAGUUGUCCAAAUAUAAACAGUGAGCUUAUUAAAUCUCACAAUAAUUUUGUAAUUAAGUGUCUAUGUAUUUCUUAUAGUAUAACCAAAUCAGUAAUUUUUAAUAUAACUGUAAAAAAAAAUUAUGCUCUGAAAAUUUAUUCUGGUACUUCCGGGUUUGGCACGGUGCGCAACCCAAAGUCGCGCAACCUGAAGCGUCUGUAACCUGAGGUAUGACUGUAUAUUGUCUUUUUAACAUUUGCCAGAUUGUGGUGUGUCCAGAUGUGCUUUGGGUGGAGAGAAAUGGUGCCUAUCUCCCAGACGAUCAGAUAUGCUUUGACAAUGUAUACAUAAGAAUAGAAAAAUGUGGUUUAAGAGAUUUGUAGGUCAAACUUAUGCAUGUUUACUGAAAAGUAAGCCGUGGUGAGUUCAGCCCUAGAAAGUGCGCAUAGGAUUGCUGUAUAAGUUGUGUAACUAAUAAUUGGAAAGCAUUUUGCGGAAGAGCAAGGAAAUGAGAGGGGUGUGUAUGUUUGCCAUUGCAAAAAUAGUUCCCACCCACCCCCCUCUGUGUGUUUAAGAGAGAAAGAGGGAGAUAAGCAAGGAUCUUGCUUUGCAGGGUGUUCAAGGUCAGUCUGCUGUUUUUAAAAAAUAAAUAAAUCCCACUCCCGCUUUGAGAUGAGCAUUGCCAGUGGAAUGUGUCACAGUGAACUGAACAUGUUUUUCUUCUAUUUUUGUUUGCAGGGAGAAGCAUUUGUUUGGGUUAACGGUGCAUCGGCUCAUUCUCAGAGUGUUGCCAAGGCCAAAUAUGAGUUUUUAUUUGGUGGAUCAGAAAAUGAAAAUAUUUCAGAAUCUGGUAAGCGUUGAUCAUUUCCCAAGUGCUGACUCUUGGGUGCAAGAUUGUGCACUCCUUCAGUACUGGAUAUAUAUAUAUAUAUUUUGCUUAAGUCGGACAUAUUGGUGUUGACACAUCCUUGAUCUGAAAUUAAGGCAGGUAUAGGAAAGGGAGCUCCUGGUCUCUCAACUGUGAUUAUGAUUGCCUCCCUUCAUUUCCUUUACAUAAGCCAAGAAUGGAGACAUGUGGACCUCAAGAUUGUGGUUUGACUCCACCUCCAGUGGUCAGGGAAGAUGGGAAUUGUAGUCUAAUAACAACUGGAGGACCACCUGCCUUAAGAGUCUCCCUGGCAAUUCACACCACCUUGGAUGAGCAGUGAGUGGAUCUACUGGAAGUCUGAUUCUUCACACCCAGAAAAGUCCCCAAGGCAAAUUGAGCAGAUUGGUGAAACCCCAAUCUGGAUAUAUGAUAUGGCAGUAGGACAACCAGCCCCCACCCAAUAGUUUGUAUCCUGCCUUCCUACAAGGUUCAUAUGAAUUUACCUGAAUCUUUUGGAGGGCAUUGGGCAUAGUUCACAGAUGGGGCUGGAGAUCAGGCUCUAGACUGGGCAGACAAGAAUAAGAGGGCCAGAAGCAGGUGCAGAUCUGAAGCCAAACAGAAGGUCUAGAUUCAAGGCAACAAUGGAGGACAUGAGGGAGCCAGAACCAAACACAAGGUCAAAGGCAGGCAUGGGUUCACUAUUGACUUAUUUAUUUGUUGCACAGAUUUAUAUACAGUGGUACCUUGGUUUACGAACUUAAUCCAUUCCGGAAGUCCAUUCUUAAACCAAAACGUUCUUAAACCAAGGCGUGCUUUCCCAUUGCAGCGGGGGACUCAGUUUGCAAAUAGAACACACUCAACAGGAAGCGAAACAUGUUCUACUUCCAAGGCAAAGCUCACAAACCAAAACACCUACUUCUGGGUUUGCAGUGUUCUUAAUCCAAGUUGUUCAUAAACUAGGCUGUUCUUAAACCAAGGUACCACUGUACCACUUAACAUAAAAUGUCAGAGUGGUGUGCAACAAAGGAUAAGGGCAAAAUAAAAUUCUGAAUAAAUUGCAUUAAUCAAUGAUACGCCAACAGCUGGGGCCACACUUCAGGGGAAUCCUGAAGUCUCUGAAGCAUCUGAAUGUGAGAGGAGCCUCCUGGAUCAACCUAUCCAGUUCAACAUCCUGUUCUCAAAGUGGCCAAUCAGAUGCCCCUGUUACAAAUUGCAGGCAGGACCUGAGCUUAGCAGCACUCUCCCCUCCUGUGGCUUCCAGCAAUUGGUAUUCAGGACCAUUCCUGCCUCUGAUUGUGGAAGCUGAGAAUUUGGAGAGUCAGCUGACCAUAUUCAAGCUGGGAGGUCAGCUGACUCUCUCUUCAGUUAGAAGCUGCAACCUAUUUUGCCUGGCUUCUUGAGGACCCAAGAUAGUGGUGUCUCACAGAAGGUAGGGUGCUGGAGACUAGCUGCCGGCCCCUUGCAUUGCUGAAUGCUCGGUUCCCAUGACUCUCCUCUUCCCCUGCAGCACGUUGGCCCCCAGAUGUUGUUGGACUACACCUCCCAUCAUCCCUUACCACUGGUCAUGCUGGCUAGGAAUGAUGGGAGUUGUAGUCCAACAACAUCUGGGGACCCACAGGUUGAGAAACACUGGUUAGCUGAACAUGGGAAAUGCUGUGCAUUUCCUAUCCCCUGUCGGAAAACCAUUGGCAGUCUGUGCUAGAGGCAGUGCAGAGUAGCAGGACCUUGUUUUGCAGAUUGUGUUGAGCUAAGGAUCGCAAGGGAAGUUGGGAAGGGUGGAACAGAAAUGGAACAGCAGGAGCACCGCGUCUGUGCUACUACUGUCUGUUUAGACACUGAGGUGUGUGAUGGAUAGUUGAUUUUUAAGAGAAGGUGGUUAGAACAUUGGGUGCAAUAAGCUUAUGUCUCUCGUUACACUCAAUGGUUUGUGAAGUCCGCAAACCCUGGAGGCAAUACCAGGGUCCGUGUGGACAUACUAUAGCAAACGAUCACUCCCAUACUUCUCCAGAGAGCUGGACAGCUGUCACAUGUGAACAGAUAGCUGGCUGAUAACGCAUCCACUUCUGCUGUAAGAAGAGCAGGGGGCUUGGAUCUGGAAAACCUGCUCCUCCAGGUACUUCAGUGUGGCAGUUAAUAGUGGUUUGGUGCUACUAAUGCACCCAGGUUUUUCACAGCUCUGAGAGAUGUUUGUCCUCAUCAAAAUGCUCUUCUAUCUUUGCCCCCAUUUAAUCCAGUUUUCCAAGUUCCAUGCUUGUUUUUUUUAAAAUAAAUAAACUCUGCAGAAAUAGGAAAACAACAUGGGGCAGCAUUUAGGCGAGGGUGAUGUGGCAUGGAUGCUACACAAAGCUUGCAGGAACGAGCAAUCCUGAGCCUAUAGCUGUGUCCACAGUAAACUGCAGUGUGGAAGUGCCCUCGGACCUUAGUCAGUUCUCCUGCACAUUGGGCAGGGGUUUUAAGUACCGAAUAUAAGCCGCACCUGAAUAUAAGCCGCACCUUUAAAAUUGAAGGAGGGGAAAUACCUGAAUAUAAGCUGCUCCAUUCCUCGCUGCUCCUGGCUGCAUACUGGGAGGGGGGAAGUCACGCCGCGUUGCUGGUGGCCUUUUCCCUUCCUCACUCUCUCCCUUCUCGGGCUUGGGGGAGAGGACAGGGGACUAUGCAUGGGACGGGCACCGCUUUGCCGUGCUCCUGGCGCUGUUUGCCCCACGCUCCUGGUUGCUUACUGUAAGGUUGCGAAUAUAAGCUUCACUUUAACUUUUCACGGUCAGAAUUUGGGGGGAAAGUGAGGCUUAUGUUCAGGCCAAUACUGUAAUUCUAGGUGGUGGUUUGUGUCUGUGUUUGCACAUUAGGCUAAUUUUGGCAGACCUGGGAAAGAAGGUUCUCUCUCACCCAGUCCCAUCCUCGCUCUUUUAGGAAACAGAAGAAAGAGGAAAACUAAAGGAGCUUUUAUUUGGAGCGAUGGGAGAAGAAAGGGGCCAUUGAUUCAUUAGUGAAAGUUCCCAAGCGUUGGCGUUUCAAGUGAGGAAAACUCUUGAAGUGCCUCAUAAGAAACAUUUACUGACUUGUAGAACUUGGCUCGUGUCAAGAAGGGUUUUUUUUAAAAAAUUAAAAACCCAUAUUUGUUUAUGGAACAGUCUUUAUUCAAGAAACCCAGAGUAUUGCUCACAUUGGUAGCACAGUCAUCAUAGCAUUCAGUCCACAUAAUCUCAUGGUGGAGGUGAAAAGAGAUACGAUUAGAUUACUUAACAGAAGGGAUGCCAACUGACUAAUGAAUUUUGUACUCAGUCACCUGCCUCUUAGUGGAUUGAUUGCUUUUUUUUCGUAUGAGCCAAACAAUAUAGAUGCCCUUGAAGAAAGCGCAAUAAACUUACAACUGCAGAAAGGACUUUAUGGUCUGAAAAUAGAGACAAUGUAUGUACUUUUGUAACCCAAGAUAAUCUUGAAUAAAAACAAUUUUAAAAGAAAACUUAAUAAACCAAAGUUCUCACUUUUCAAGAGAGGGGAUCUAGAAUAUUUCUUUCAUGCUCUGUUACAGUAACACACUAGCACUAAUGCAGACCAGAAAGAAAAUAAAAGGUGUACCCUCAACUUUGACUUCCACCAAUAAAGAUUACCCCCCACUCACCAAUUAAUCAGAUAAAAUUUUGGUUGAUUAAUUUACCAGCUGUACUGAUGAACUGCUUAAGGAUCCCCGCUCCCCAAUAGUAUCUCAUAGACUUACAGGUGAUGGAGGGAACUAGACUUAGACUGUUAUUAUGAAUUCUAAUAUCUAUACUGCUGAAAUUCACUAUUCACUUCAGGACUGAUUCUAAACUCAAGCCAAUGUGCUUGAAGUGUGGCUAGGUAUGUGUAAGCGGUAAAGGUAAAUGGACGCCUGACCGUUAAGUCCAGUCGCGGACAACUCUGGGGUUGCGGCGCUCAUCUCGCUUUAUUGGCCGAGGGAGCUGACGUUUGUCCGCAGACAGUGUUUCCGGGUCAUAUGGUCAGCAUAACUAAGGCGCUUUUGGCGAAACCAGAGCAGCGCACAGAAAUGCUGUUUACCUUCCCACCGGAGCGGUACCUAUUUAUCUUCUUGCACUUUGACGUGCUUUCGAACUACUAGGUUGGCAGGAGCUGGGAUCGAGCAACGGGAGCUCACCCCCUCACGGGGAUUUGAACCGCUGACCUUCUGAUCGGCAAGCCCUAGGCUCUGUGGUUUAGACCACAAUGCCACCCACGUUCCUUAGGUAUGUGUACAUAUCUCUAUAUAUUUCCUUCUCCAUACUGAAUGCCAUAAAGUAUGCCAUAUUAAUACACCCCCGCUGCUGCAGUUUGUUAAAUGGUUAUCUGUGCACUGCAGCCUGUGCCAACCUGUAGCCAAUCCAGAUGGUUUGGAUUGCAAUUCCCAACUGCCCUGCGCUGGCCGUGGCAGAGUUUGGGGUCUCAUAUUUUAGCGGGUGCUCUGUGUGAUGCCAAAACCUGGUGCCCUCACUUCUCUCUAUACAUUCUAAAUCAUAGCUGCAGUGCCCCCCAAGGCUCUGUGACUGGACCGGUCUCGCUCCCCUAAAUCCGCUCUGGUCCUGGCUGGGGCUGAUGGAAGUUUGGUCUAAGCAACAGCUACAGGGGUCACAUAUUCCCCACCAAGGGACAUCCACACCCCCCUCAAAUUUAGGCCCUGGAGAAGGAGAUAAAUCUCCCAAUGGCAGCUCUACUAGCAACUCACUAGGAACAAAAUGUUGUCAACACCCAAUGAGGAAACUGUGUCAGCCAGGGACUCUAUUCUGUGAAAGCUAAACGCCACAAUAAAUCUUCUGAUCCCUAAGAUGCCAUGGGCUUUUUUUAAAAGAAGUUUUUUUUAACAAGCCUUCCCUCAAAGGCAAAAAUGGGGAUGAAAUAGGGAAUGCCAGUUAUUUAUGGUAGAUUCCUGCUGGGGAAAUGAACUGUAUGCUUCCAAUGUCUAUUAUGGUCAUUGUUAGCAGAAAAACUAGUACAGUGGUACCUCGGGUUAAGUACUUAAUUCGUUCCGGAGGUCCGUACUUAACCUGAAACUGUUCUUAACCUGAAGCACCAUUUUAGCUAAUGGGGCCUCCUGCUGUCGCCGGGCCGCCGGAGCACGAUUUCUGUUCUCAUCCUGAAGCAAAGUUCUUAACCUGAAGCACUAUUUCUGGGUUAGCGGAGUCUGUAACCUGAAGCGUAUGUAACCUGAGGUACCACUGUAGUUUCCCCUGGAACAACAAGCUCUGUGACAGCUUUGCAAGGAGGAAAUGUCUGUUUUCAAGUUUCCUUUUCAUUGGACCUGUAACGGAUGCAUCUUCUCCUUCAGUCUUGCAUCAUGAAGGUCCUGCAAGAAUCCAAAGACCUAGAACUUUCAUUUGUUAUUGGCCCCCCGGCUUAAUUUUGUGAUCGGUUUUAAUCUGCAAUUAAUUCUUUAAGGUGAUUAGCCGCACUGAUUAUUUGAUUAAAACUUGGAGCUCUGCUUAUUAAGGUUUAGCCAUGAAAAUAUUUGCUCAGAUAUUGCCAAAGAGUUUAAAGGGGCAUGUGAUUAAGAAGGGCAUGGUGUUCUCUAAAUAUGUGAACCCACCUCCCUAAUUUGACCCCCCCAAUUAAAAAAUGAGGCGUAUGCUACCUGCAGACAUUUGAUUUGUCAAAAGGUCCCUUAUGAAUUAGCACAAAGUAUCCUAUGCUGUUCUGGCUUUGCAAAAAUGACAAGUUAAUUAGCACUCAAAAACCCAGAAGCAAAGUUUGUGCACGUGUUUUAAAUUUGUUUUUGGUUGUCGUUUUGUUCAGGGCCCACUUGCUUCCACGCAGGCCUCAAGUUUAGAGCUGCAAGCAUUCCUCAGUAGCUCUAUCAAAGCUUUACAUGAUAAUCGGUGAAGAUCAAUUUUAACUGGUGAGGCUGUGAAUUGAGAAGGUGGGGACUUUGCACAGUCGGGCAGUACUGGGGUGGCGGCUCUUUGCCUUCGAAAAGAGGACGCAGAUUCGCAAAUGCUCAUGUAGAUGUAUAGAUACAACUUUAUUCAUAAUUGCUAGAAUUUCAAAAAAAGUACAGUACAUCUUGCCGCAGUGGGAGAAAAUAAGCAAGUGGCCUGUGUGCCUUCUCAUCUUGCUAUUAAGGCGCUAACUGUUGGUGGGAACCUUCAACACCGCUUGUUCUCCCUUCUUACGGUUCUUUGUUUCUGAAACAGACUUGGGCCAGACACCCAUUUGGCUAUUAUAAUAAUUUUAAUUAUUACAUUUAUUCAUUGCUUACUCCAAAAAUGUCUCAAAGUGAUGUACAGUUUUAAAAACAUACAUGAUACAGGCUGUGUUCGAAAUUCACCAGGUGCUAUUGGCCACUUGCAACCAAGCAAAGACGUCUUCACCGUCUGGAGGUGCAUGCCUGAGGAUCCUUAGAUCUUGACUAUUUUCACACACUUUUAACACAUCCUGUAGAAGUCUGUCCGUCAUAUUUUAUUUGCAAAAUCGCAACGAGUUUCGGGAACCAAAAAGUCAUGUGGAAAAAUAUGACUUUUGAGCCGCCUGGCCCCCAAAUGGCAACUAGGCAUUCUAGUUUUGGCGACUGUAAGCCUGAUUUAAGGAGCCAUUUGGCACCUAGCUUAUAUACCUGAGUUUCUAACACUGGAUACAGUGGAUUUUGGAUGCACCAAAAAUAUAUAGAACAUUGAUUGGCUGCGAGCGAUAAUAAAAAGGACAAAUCGUACCAAACCAUAUGAAAAGUUGAACACUAAUAUGGGCUUCUCGUUGUACCUUUUGACCCCAGUUAAGAGCUAAGUGCCCGGGUGAACAGAAACAUCUCCUCCCAGUCUCACAAUUUCUCAUACCCCAUUUUCUCCUCUUCUGCCAUCGCAUGCCUCUUGCCUCAGUGAGCAACCUGGCUACCGAAUUCUGCGCUAGUGGACGUUUCCGGACGGAAACUUUUUCCUUCAUAUUUUCUCCCCUUCCUAAUGUUUUAUUUCUCUCUUCUCUCUCCUUUGCUUGUCAGACUGUUGUUAUUUUUUGGGGGGUGUUUUCUUUGCAGUUGACACCAUCAACAGAAACAGAGCAUCUGGGUCCUAGCAGACUUGCUCAUGCAAGGGCUGUUAUUUCAAUGUCCAAGCUAUCUACCGUCACAGUAGUUGGGAGAAAAUAGCGUUUUGUGUGCUUGUGUUCUUCAGACACUUAAUUUUGACUGCAUAAUCCUGUGUGCGUCCACUUAGAAGAAAGCCCCACUGAAUUCAGUGGGGCUUACAGACGAUUAGAGCCCUAUUACUGGCAUUUUCUCCCUGUAGCAAAGUAAUUCUGUCCAUAAGGUUAAUGCUGUAAAGUGGCACCUCUAAAGUAGCUAAUGAACCCUUUUGCCCAUCUCCACUCCACAGUAUAUUUUCCACUGGAGAUGUUGUGGUUUUAUAUACAGUAACGCAGAUUUUAAUAUGUGCGAUAGGCUUCAUAACCAUGUUUAUGAUGCUGGAGGACUGCAGAAAGAGAUGUCAUCUGUACCAUCAUUUUUUCAGGAUAGCGUGAUCAUCUGCAAAGCUACCUCCCGUGCACUUACCAUACGUAGACCACUUUCCGCUCCUCCCAUAUAAACUGUGGUUUUGUCUCAAAUGGCACGGUUGCUGGAGUGACAGCCUCGCCCCAUUCCGGAGGUGAUGAUUUCUUUGUCACGAGCAAAUGGCUUGGAACAAAUCCUGAAAAGGUUUGUCAGGAGAGCUGCAGGAUUAUCGUAGCCAAUCAUUACAGAGAGAUUUGGUUAUUUGCAGCUUGGCUAAUGGGAUGUGUGUGUUUUUACAUUAAUAUAUUAAUGCAAAUCGCUUUACUCCGAUUGGUUACGUCUUACUGAGGAGCUUUACUGCAACACUCAGAAUGCUGUUGAGAAUUCCGGUCGCUCAAGCAGUUGGGGAAAUGGCUUCAGGAAGUCAGGGCUGCCUCCCUAUUCUUUUCGAAAACAUAUUCUUGGGUUUGGGGAAUGGCACUCACACCUGAUUCAGGAAGUGGUUACAGAAAAUGGAAGGAAGGAAGCAUUGCAUUUUCUCUAGGGGGCUUCGUUUGGUCCAGAUUGAGUACAGUGGUACCUUGGGUUACAGACGCUUCAGGUUACAGACUCUGCUAACCCAGAAAUAGUACCUCGGGUUAAGAACUUUGCUUCAGGAUGAGAACAGAAAUUGUGCGGCAGCGGCAUGGUGGCAGCAGGAGGCCCCAUUAGCUAAAGUGGUACCUCAGGUUAAGAACAGUUUCAGGUUAAGAACGGACCUCCGGAAUGAAUUAAGUUCUUAACCCGAGGUACCACUGUAUACAUUUCCAGAGUUAACACUAAAUACAUUACUUUUGGUAAAUGAGCCACUGUAGCUGCUAGAGGGCCGUGAAAAUUUGUGUCCCGGGCAUUUUAGAAACCAAAGGGGCGGCACAUUGAUUGCCAGAUGUGAAAUACAUUGGCAUUGUUUCCAACUCUCCCAUCCCAUUCAGCACUUCAUAGCCCAAAGCAGCACGCAGGGUCGUAGCUAGCUGCUCCGGCACCCGGAGCGGUGUGGGUGGGGUGAGCCGCCCACGGGGGUGGUGUAGUGAGCUGCCCACGGAGUCCGCCUGGUGGAUGGAAGCCCCACGCUGCCGUUUCGGGCAGCGCAGGGCCCCGAGCCACCACAUCACUCCCAGCAGAGAUGCGCGGCUCCUGCGAGCUGCAGGCAGUAAGUGUCAGCCGCCGCGGUGUGCCAUUUUGUCACCCCCCUCAAGGAUGACACCCGGGGCGGACCGUACCCCCCAACCCUUCCUAUGCCCCUGGCAGCGCGCAUGUGUUUGGGUAAAUAUCCUCUUGCCUGCUUUGAGCCUCAGUUCCCUCUCUGGCCUCUGUGUUGCAACUGACCACGUCUGGCUUCCAGAGGGCAACACCACACGGUUGCUUGAUAAGAACAUAAUUCUGUAUGGACCCUUUGCUCAAGUUAUCCUGUGUGACGCACAAGUAUGUGUCAAAAAGGCAAGCUGGCAAUGUUUGUGAUUGUUUAACUGCGAGCUUCUAAUAGGCAUGGGGGGGGCAUUGUGAGAAUGGGAUACAGUGGUACCUCGGGUUACAUACGCUUCAGGUUACAGACACUUCAGGUUACAGACUCCGCUAACCCAGAAAUAGUACCUCGGGUUAAGAACUUUGCUUCAGGAUGAGAACAGAAAUCGUGCUCCGGCAGCGCGGCAGCAGUGGGAGGCCCCAUUAGCUAAAGUGGUGCUUCAGGUUAAGAACAGUUUCAGGUUAAGAACAGACCUCCGGAGCGAAUUAAGUUCUCAACCCGAGGUACCACUGUACUGGACUACAUGGGCCAUUCUCUGAAGCCAGCAGGGCUCGUCUUAUGUUCUAGUUGAAUUUGCAAAUUGUAGCAAACCGGCUUUCCUGUAAUUUCCCGCAAUGAAAUACAGUAAUCCUAAUAAAUUAUAGUAAAAUGUUACAUCAGUAACUGCAGUUUUUAAUUAAUGCUGAAAUAUUUUAGUCGAUGAAUAGGUGUAAUUAAAAAAGAUGACAGGCAUAACGAUAGGCAAAACAUUUGUUUUGAUUGUGGUUUUGGUAGCUGUUAAUGUUUUAUUUCUUCUUCUGUAUUUCCUUUGUGAACCACCAAGUGAAACCAUAUUAUGUAGCGACCAUAAACAUUUAGUAUGCAAAUAAAUAACUUAUUUCCUGUUUUACUUCCCAUUAAGUUGUGUUCCACAAUCAGGCUUCCUUUGCCCCGCUUGAAUUAUCUGGCUAAGAUUCUCUCACAUACAGAUUAGUAAUGUUCACUUUUUGCUGCUUAUUAAUUGAUUACCCUGAUGUUCGGCUGUGGGCUUCCGACAGGCACCUGGGUGGCAGCAUUUGAAGUACCCUGAUGUUCUUGUUUUAAAUCACAAAAUUGACAGGGGUUUCUCCCCUUUGUGCUAUCAACAUUGAAGUUUUGUGCUACGACAACUGCAUCCUGUAUAGCCUUUUUAAUUAUGCAAAAUUGUUUUUGCGUAUGCUUUACAACUCUGCAUACUGUACUCUGGUCUGGUUACUUAUGAGGAGAAGCAAGGAGCUUUACAUGGCUCACAGUAUGGCCUAGUUCUCGAGUCACACGAUGCCAUAGUUAAAAGCAAACCAUGGUUUACUGUGACUGCAAAGCAUGCUGGUACAUGCUACUGACAAAUUCUUGUGCUUAUCCGCUGCUCCUUCUCCUGUUGUCAUCUUUUAUUGUCAAAACCCAGGAUCAUGGUCUGUUUCUCUCCAAACAAACUGCAAAUGCUAAGACAAGAACAAACUUUGGUUACCACUCAUGAGAGAGAAACAAAUCAUGAGCCAGGGUUUGGACACGACAAGCCAACAUCUGGCUUGUUUCCUGAUGGCGCAGCAGCUGGAGAAGAGCCCAGUGAGAAUUUUUCAGCAGCAUGCCCCUGCAUGUCUCUCAUUUAUAGUAAACAUAAUUUGCAUUUAACUAUGGUUUAUUGUGACAUGCGGACCAGGCUAAUUCAAGUAUAUUUUUGUGAAGCCAUGAAGGAAAGAUAUUUGAGUGUGAGUGUGUGAUUUUUUUAUAAGAAGAUAGCUGAUAUUCUAUGCUCAGUACAGUGGUACCUCAGGUUAAGUACUUAAUUCGUUCUGGAGGUCCGUUUUUAACCUGAAACUGUUCUUAACCUGAAAUACCACUUUAGCUAAUGGGGCCUCCUGCUGCUGCCGCACCGCCGGAGCCCAAUUUCUGUUCUCAUCCUGAAGCAAAGUUCUUAACCUGAAGCACUAUUUCUGGGUUAGCAGAGUCUGUAACCUGAAGCGUAUGUAACCUGAAGCGUAUGUAACCCGAGGUGCCACUGUAUUGUCUUUUGCAGUUUUCCCCUUUGCUCCUGCAAAGUCCUGGCAUAUACAUUGCCCUGACUAUCCUGAAUUCUGUGUGCACAUGUAUGCAUAGCACCGGGGGGGGGGGGGGACGGACACCUAUAUUGUAAAAAAAUAUUCAGAACCAGAAUAGACAUAAUAUGAAAGCAGCAGACAAGCAUGGUGAGCUUGCUUUCGUUUGUAAAUCCAUAAAAGAAAAUGCUCAAUUAUGGCGUGCCAUCAUUGAUUGUGUGUGCGUUGCUGUGUCACUGGUAUUAAUGCACCGGAACUUCUCCUCCUUGCUUUCAUUUGGUUUUUGCUUUACGAUGACGCCUAACAAGGAAUAAAAUUAACUCUCGUUAAUCAUUAAUGUCGGCUGCAAAAAUCAUAUCCAGACAGUAGAUCUUGAUUUUUAUUUUAAGAAAAGCUUACUGUAGCUAUUCUGCUACAAGCUGCUGAGGUGGACUCAUCUUCAGCCAUAGCUGGAAUGAGACUGCAGUCCUUUCUCCAGUUUCAUAAUGCUCAGAAUGCUUCCAUUUACAUCACUGUGUGCAAUGCAGGGCAGCGGGCUGCUGCUGCUGCCGCCACCGCCAGGAAAUUUGAAACUAUUCUGAAAUCCAGUUGACUUAGAACGGCAGCAAUUGAAUUAAGCUUGCAUCCUUAUUAGAUAAACUGAUGAUCUGUGUGUUUUCAUUGACCAAUGGGUAACUGCUGGAGCUACAGUAAUCUCUGUGAGUAGUAGCCUCUGUUCAACAAAAUUAUAUCUUAUUUGUUCAGGGAGAUGAUAGGGAUUUAGGGACACGCGCACUCACGCACCCACAAACGUGUGUGUAAAAGAGCACUCUCAUUUUCUGCGGGGGGAGGUCUAUGAAUGUGCUUUGCUUCCCGAGCUAGUUUCAGGCAUUCAGCCGAUGGUCUCCCUUUGGCUUUUUAACGUGUGACAUAUAGAUCAUAUUUAUGCCAAUGCUCAAUUAAGUUUUUGGAUUCUUAAAAGCCCCCGUCAUCAGGAAAGACGCCAGCUGCUUCCAGGCUGUAUUUGCUGCGCUGGCUCAGCUUUCUCAUGCAGUCUUAUACCUCAAGGCAUAAAUAUGUUUACCAGAAAGAAAUAAAACUUAAGUUGGGAGGGGGAAGAGAUGUACGGCAGAAGGGUUUACCUGGGGGGUGGGAAGGGAGAUUUACCCAGUUCCUUUUCAGUAUGCAUGAUUUCUCUGCUUUUCUUCCGUGGAGUGGCACCUAAAAUGUUGUAGCCGUGUUCCUUUUACUGGUCUUGUUUGUGAGGCAGUUAUAUUGGGCUGUCGGGCCGGGGAGGGUGGGUGAGUGGAGGAUUGACGUGAUAUGCUCGUUGUUGAACAAGACAUGAUGCUGUGUGGCUUGAUGGGAACGAGGGAGGAGUUUCUCUUAAAGAGCUUGGAACACUUUUUUAAAAAGGUUUUGUACCUGAAUAGAACGAGGCGCUUUUGGAUGGGGAGCAGAGGACUUUUAAAGAAGAGAGCCGGCAAACUUUUAAAGAAUAAUCACAUUACUGCUAGCACAGCGAAGCCAGAGCACAGCUUUAAUCCUCCCAUAAGUUCAUUUGCAAGUGAAAUUAGAAAUUGAAAGUGAGGCUGGCAUUUGCUCAUUGCUCCUGAUUGACAAGUGGUAAACUGUCCAAUUUUUUUUUUUUUUAAUGCUACCACACGUUUCAGCUAUCGGUAAUUAUAUCAGUGCUAACACCUGCUUGAUGCUGUCAAGUAUUUCAGAGUGCUUCCUAUUGUUACGUUAUUCUUACAACUACCCUGUGAGGUGGUAUUAUUCCCAUUUUGCGCUAGGGUGGGCUGAUGGAGUCAGGCUGCCGUGUGAGUUUGUGGAUGAGCCGUGAUCCAAAUCUGGAGCUUUAAUGAUUCAUAGCUCAGCCUCUCAACUACAAGAUUAUAUUGAAGAGGCGUUGAAAAGUGCCGACUGCUAGUGGUAUGAGUGGAAAUCAGUCUCUGAAUCUUAUGACUUUGGUUUUGCUCUAUCUCAUAUAAUGCUUAGAGCAGCAGUUCUGAAAUCUCAUGGUUUUCUGGACCAUUUAAAAAUUGCCAGAGGGCUUGGCAGACCACUUAAUACACUCCCCACCCCCUUUAGCCCCAUUGUCAUAAAACAGAACAAAACAAAAACCCAGCUCUCUUAUGGAAUCAGAGCCCCUUUAAUUGGUAAAAAGCUUUUUUGGGAAAUGGUUGAUCGCACCAGCACCAUAAUAUGGAAAUACAGUGGUACCUCAGGUUAAAAACUUAAUUUGUUCUGGAGGUCCGUUCUUAACCUGAAAUGUUCUUAACCUGAAGCACCACUUUAGUUAAUGGGGCCUCCCGCCGCUGCUGCGCCGCUGCUGCGCGAUUUCUGUUCUCACCCUGAAGCAAAAUUCUUAACCUGAGGUACUAUUUCUGGGUUAGCGGAGUUCGUAACCUGAAGCGUCUAUAACCUGAAGCGUCUGUAACCCGAGGUACCAGUGUAAUGGGAUCUAGGCCAGAACCCUUUUACCCUGCUUGAUAAAUCCAGUCCAGGUUAAAAGCCACUGAUCCCUAUUGUCAGAAAAAAAUCAGGCCAAGUAAAGUAUUCUUGACUGCUCUUCCACAACCUUUCAUAGACCACCUGGAUGGACUGCCAUUCCUACCAAAGUCCGUAAACCAUACUUUAGGAACCCAAGGACUGGGCUUAGGGGUUCCAUGGUUAUUGUGCAGGACAGAUUUAGAUCUGCACUAGCCCUUGAAGCCUUACCUCUAGCCUGUGGUUUUCUCUUUUGGGGUUUCCUCAUUUCCUAACAGCAGAAGACUAAACCACCCUGUUUCAGAUACAGCUGGAGAUUUUUUAAUUGGCAGUGAAAAUUCACCUGCAGCAGGCAGGAUGCAAAAUUAUAUGACCGCCCGAGUGGCCAUUGUCUCACCACCAGUGAUUGUGUCAAUGUGACCUGAGGUCCACUUGAAUUGUUUCCUAAGCGACAAUUGUUCAGUUGUCCUAUAGCAGCUAUUGGACACAUGGCUCUGGGAUAAGGCAAAGGAAGCUGCCUGUCAACAGGCUGCCAAUCAGCACUUAGUGGCCUGGACCACCUGUCAACAGGCUGCCAAUCAGCACUUAGUGGCCUGGACCACCUGUCAACAGGCUGCCAAUCAGCACUUAGUGGCCUGGACCAUCUGCCAACAGACUGCCAAUCAGCAAUUAGUGGCCUGGACCACCUGUCAACAGGCUGCCAAUCAGCACUUAGUGGCUCGGCCACUGAGCUGUAAAGCGGGAAUGCCCUACUUUAAAUUUUGCCUCUGCUAUGGCCCCACUAGGGCCUAGAUCUCACUAGUGUGGUAAACACAGGUGUUAAGCUGUACACAUCUGACUGAAGGUUGAGGCAUAUGUGACUGAAUAAGUACUGAUCCAUGCAAUACAUGAAUUACAAUAUAAGUUAUUUGCGCAUUAAGCCAGAUAGCAAGAGUGUCUAGGCCAGCCUUCCUCAGCCUUAUGCGCUCUAGAUUUUUUGGAAUAUAGCUCCCCAACCUCAGCCCUAGGUUGGGGGAAGCCUGGCCGGAAGUGGAACUCUUCUCCCCUGAAACUCAUUCUUUGGCAAGCUGCUUCCUUAACUUGCAAAUUUCCAGACCCGAGCCCAUGAGAGUUGGGGGAGAAAUGUCUGGAAUCCUGUUGGGUGGUGUUGGGAAGCAUAUUGGAGGGACGGAAGGGGGAAAGGCUUUUUGAAGAAAAGCAACGGAAGGGAUUAGUGAGAAGAUGGUGCUUUCUGAGUGUGUCUCAGGCUGUGCCAGAGAGAGCGUCUACCUCACCCUAGACCCAGACUGGAGCUCGUGAGUGGAACAGGGGCAUCCCUCUGUGGUUGCCGUGGGCAUCAGAACUACUCAAGGUGCCAUUGCAGAGCUUCAUGAUGAGAGCAAGGCCCCUCUUCUCCCACCUGGGGGAAGGUGAAGGGCAGUGGCAAGCACACAUUUGGGCAAGCCACCUAGCCUCUCCUUAAGCCAUUGUUCCAUGGGUUACUGAGAAACUGUAUCGAAGGACACCGAACACUUAAGAAGCAUUAUACGCAAGUGUAAAGAGGAUGCCGAGCAAUCUAGAAACUGAAUAGCAGUUUUCUGUCCUUUGAGCAAUGCUUUGGUAUUUUGCCGAUCAAGAAAGCAUCCUUUAAACUUGCUACUCAGGAGAAGGACUCUGCAGCUUCUGUUUAUAAACAAUCGAAGCCAUUAUUGAAUCUGAACAAUGGGUGCUACUGAGUGCUGAUCUCCUUUGGGAGAUCUGCCUUGUUGGCUUGCUAAGUAGUUCAGUUUUCAGCCAUCUGGAAGGAAAAAAAGGUAAACCUACUAUCCUAAGCAGCAUUGGGGAUAGCUAUGUCUUCUAACAUUUAUGGCACAUAAUACAACUCCAACCACCCCCAAAACAAAAACAAGUAACAUUAAGUAGUGUGGUUCACAUACCACCCUAAACAAUGGUUCAUUCAUUCAUUCAUCAUUUUAUUUGUAUGCCGCCUUUCCAUAAUUAAAACAAUGCUCAAGGCGACUCACAUGACAUGAUUUACAUAAUUACCAACAUAACAAAAGUCAUAAACAAUAAAUAAAACACAUCAAAAAGUACACAAUCAAAUGGAAAACAAUUUCUACAUAAAUAAUAAAAUCUAAAACUAAGAGUUUUAGAUGCGGGUGGCGCUGUGGGUUAAACCACAGAGCCUAGGACUUGCUGAUCAGAAGGUCGGCGGUUCGAAUCCCCGCGACGGGGUGAGCUCGCGUUGCUCAGUCCCUGCUCCUGCCAACCUAGCUGUUUGAAAGCACGUCAAAGUGCAAGUAGAUAAAUAGGUACCGCUCUGGCGGGAAGGUAAACAGUGUUUCCGUGCGCUGCUCUGGUUCGCCAGAAGUGGCUUAGUCAUGCUGGCCACAUGACCCAGAAGCUAUACGCCGGCUCCCUCGGCCAAUAAAGCGAGAUGAGCGCCGCAACCCCAGAGUCGGCCACGACUGGAUCUAAUGGUCAGGGGUCCCUUUACCUUUACCUUAAGAGUACAGCAUUAAUAUAAAUCACAAUUUAAAAUGACAUAGAUAAAAAAUAAAAGCAAUUUAAAAACAAAACAAACAAAAAUGGAGCCCUCUCUGCCCAGCAGCAGCGUCAGCAGUCCUUUGUGGUGCCUGUCAGGCCCCGCCCCAAGCCAGGUGGAGAGAAAUAGGGCUGGCCCUUCAGGCUCCCAGCAGGUCAGUCCUGGGCAGCAGCAGCAGCAGCAGCAGCAGGUCAGUCCUGGUUUAAAGUAAACACUUAGUAUUUUGGGGCACACUGCUUAAAAGCCCCUGCAGUUUUGCUCUCCCACUCCUGCUGAUGCUGCACAGGGAAGGAAAGAAGGGAGGCUUGUCAUUAUGUGGGAACCUAGCCUCGUGGUUUGUUUCUCUGCAAACAGCCAGGAGUGGAAGUAAAAGGUUGUUCAUGGCCUUCUGCACGUGGUUUUUUCCAGCGGAAACAAAGCACCUGUCCAGUUCUUAUGUAGUGACAACACAAACUGUGACUUGUUUCCUCCCCAGCGUGUCAUCAACAGGAGCAGGUAAGGAGCAAAGUGUGAGAUAGUAGGUGUGGCUUCAAUCUCUUCCUGCUGGGUGUUUUUAAGAAGCGCCAGUGGUACAGAAGGGGAUCUUUGUGUGGUGCAGUUGUGCAUGAUGCUGGCAAGCAGGUGAGUGGAUUUAUUGAGCCAGUUUAGCUUGAAUGGCUUCCUUUGAAGUGUCUGGCUCUUGGGGGUUUUCAGCUGGUGAAGAGAAUUCUUUGUCGGGCGAUUCCUAACCCCUCUCUCAGAACUGCAGCUCCCCAGAAAGAGGUGAUGGCAGACUGUUUGGAACUUUUACAACUUGGAAGCCUGGCCUUCCAAAAUGCAAUGCUGUCCCAAACCCCAAAGCUGUAUUAAAAGCAAGCCCAGUAAUAAGACUGAAUGAGAAAUGACAUCAUGCAAGGGAGACCGAAAUGGAACACUGUUUCCAUGUAAUAGGAAUGCAGACAAAAUAUCGGUGCUGGAAUUAAGCCCUUCUUAAUUUGCUUAUUUUUUUGCAGGCAGCCAUGGAGGUAGCACUCUCCUUCCACACAACAUCAACAACGAAUUCCCGGAAUAUGGGGCUGUGGAGGAAGGUGCCAAAACUUCGGAAAUGCCCUCUGAGGUUCACGAAGACGAACUAGUGUGUGUUUCUGAAGGGCAGCCAUGUGACCAGCUGCCUUCUGAGAAUGGCAGACCUAGUGAUAAGAUAGAGUUUUUCUCCGAGGGGUUACAAAUGGCUCCCCAAGAGGAAGAAGUGUCAGAACCGUUUGGCAGGCCGAGUGAGACUAUAGAAACUUCCCAAGAUUUAGAAUCUGAAAAGGCACUUGACAGGGAAAACGAUGCUUUUGGUUCAGAGAUGCAAAUGGAAAAAGAGAGGAAAGCUGGCAGUGGGGCUGAGGAGGCAGCCAGGGAGAUGGUUCUUGCAGGCCAAGAAAAACCUCCAGAAAUGCCUCUUCCAUCUGAAGCAACAGCGGAGAGAAAAUUGUAUUGGAUCGCAGAAGAAGACUCUAUGGUCUUAACUGUGGAAAUACAGCCCGAGACCUUACGAACUGCUGGCGGUGCAACUGAGGAGGCCCACAAAAUAUGUGAAACCAGUUGCCAUAAAGCUCUGGCCCAGCCAGAGGACAGAAAGGUGGGUGCUUCAGGAGUCCUUGGCGGUGCCUGGGCAGACUUUGAGCGGGAGUUUUCUGUGUUUGAUUCAGACAAGGAAGAAAGAGCGCCCGAGAGGAGGAUAUCCAAAGAGGCGGCUGUGAGCAAACAUGUGGAAUUUCAAGGGGUGGAAAUCCUUUGGAUCCAAAAAGCAGAGGAGCAGAAGGAAACCGGACUCUCUGACACGGAUAGUGUAGAAAGAAGAUUCUCAAAACACCACCCACCACCCGCAGUCUCAUCAGAACUGGACUGUUUGCCGGAACGCUCCUGGAAUGUAUCCUGGGGAAACUUCAGGCCUUUAACUUCGCUGGCCGAAGGUGGAGAGGAUGAAGUCUUCAUAGUAGAGGAAAAGAAGAACGGGGCAUUGGAGAGGAAAUCUAUGUCGGACAAGGACAGGUAAAAAAGAAAAAAAGAAUGAGAGAAUGAGAAAGUCUCUCACUCUGUCUCUUCAGAUUUGGGAGGGAACACAGUCCAUACUUAAGAAUGCUACUAGGCAACAUGUUAGAUACAGUCAUACCUUGGUUGUUGAACGGAAUCCGUUCCGGAAGCCCGUUCGACUUCCGAAAAUGUUCAACAACCAAGGCGCGGCUUCCGAUUGGCUGCAGGAGCUUCCUGCACUCAAUCGGAAGCCGCGUUGGACGUUUGGCUUCCAAAAAACAUUCACAAACCGGAACACUCACUUCGGGUUUGCGGCGUUCAGGAGUCAAAACGUUCAAGUCACAAGGCAUUCGGGAUCCAAGGUAUGACUGUAUUGGCUCUUGGGAUGGUAUCCUGUUGUUCAACACAAGGAUUGUAUUGAUCAAUACAAACAGUGUAUACUGUUGUGCAUAAGGCAGGGCAUGAUACAAAACACCCACAACACCCCGUCCCCCUGCGGCAAUAAAAUCAACAGUAUUUAACCACCAGAAAACCUUAUCCUAAGCAGUUUUCCCAAACAGUUUGGUCUUAAAACAUUUUUUGUUCAGGCAACCCUAUUCAGACAUGUAGAACUUACAUGUGUUUUAUCCAGGGCUUUUUUCUGCCAUCAUUUGAUGGAGCUCAGUCCCAGCACCUCUCAGGUGGGCACCGUUGCUAUUAUAAGAGAACAAGGGAGGUGUUCGUGGUGAGUUCCAACACCUCUUUUUCUAGAAAAAUAGCACUGGUCUUACCUCUUUUUCGCUGCUGUUUGCUUUAAUCAUCCUUUGAAUGCUUUUAAAUACUUGUUUUAACUGAGUAUUUUAGUGAUUUAAUUUAAAUUUUUGUAAACUGCUUAAUUUUUGUUUUGUUUUGCAGUCAAUACUGCUGAAUAAAUAGCUAAAACAAAUAACACCAAACCACACAAUAACUGUGGGUGACCAGGAAAUCUCUUGUUUCUUCAGUGGCUAAGGGCUGUAGGUUUAGGAGAAUUAAGAACUGUUUAUCAAGCUGCCUAAAACCAUUCAGCGGGUGCAGCUUGCUGAGUCUCUAGAGGGAGAGAGGUUCACAGUCUUUGUGCUACAACUACAUCUCAGGUGUUUGCCAAAGAAACUUUCAGUGGGCAAAGAACCCUGAACUAAGUUUCUCUGUAGAAGAGGCUUGCUUUGGCGGAAGCAUUCCUGAAGCUAUGGUAACUAGCUAGGAGGCGACUUGAGCAUUAUGGCGACCUGCUGCCAUACAAAUGAAUAUUUUUGCCCAUUAUUUAUUUUCAACUACAACCACAUAGUUAAUCUUCAAACUGUGUGUUUAGCAAUGGGAACAGCGCGAAACUCUCUCCCCUUAUUCCAAUACCUGAAUGCUCAUUAUUUAACCCAACUUUUUACAAACAACUGCCUCAAAACAACAGCAUGUCUCUCUGUCAUGUAUUAACUGCACUAGAAUGGUUUGUGCAUUUUUUUAAAAAAAGGUUAACAGAUCUUGCAGAUUUUUUUCCUGAACACUUUGGCUGUAAAACUCUGCACCCCUCCCUCCCCAUUGCCUUUCAUUUCUUUGGAUGCUUCUAUCAUAGCAACAGGAAAGCUCUACCAGCAAGCAGCAAACAAAUUCUGGUUCAAGGCCAGUCACAAGCUGCUUUUUGAAAUGCUAAAUGAAUGCAUCUGGCAUCACUCCCUUUUGAUUAUUCAGGUUAUUUCAAAGCUGGUCAGAAUGUUCAGCCUGGCUUCCUGACUGCAGGCAAGCUAUGAAUGAGAAUGAGAUUUUUGCAGGAACGUGGGGGGUGAAGAGGGGGGAGACACUCCCCUCCCCAUCACCUUGGUUUUACGUCCAGCAGAAGGGGAAGUAGGGUCUAAGUGCAGACUGGGGGGUGGAGAAACUGGGUUAUGAGGAGUUUGGAUUUGAUACCCCGCUUUAUCACUACCCUAAGGAGUCUCAAAGCGGCUAACAUUCUCCUUUCCCUUCCUCCCCCACAACAAACACUCUGUGAGGUGAGUGAGGCUGAGAGACUUCAAAGAAAUGUGGCUAGCCCAAGGUCACCCAGCAGCUGCAUGUGGAGGAGCGGGGAAUCGAACCCGGUUCACCAGAUUAUGAGACUACCAUUCUUAACCACUAUACCACACUGGCUCUCUCAUCUCAUCUCAUGAGUAGAUGAAGCGUUGGAAUAGCCACUGCUGAAUGUGUGGGAAGGGAAAUAGGUGAAACUGAGACACCACUCAGCAUCUUUGUCCUGAGACAUAUCUGUAGUUGGCAGAGACCACUUGGCUGGCAUCUUGACAGCAUUGAUUGUCUCUGUUUGCUUGCCACCUGGUGUGUAAAUAUGCCAAGAAGAGUUUGAGUGAGUCCCAUUGUGCAUGUGGGCUCUCCCCUACCACGCACAGAGCUUUGGAUAGGAACUGAGCGCUAUUACCUUAUUUAAAUCGUUCAUACCUCACUCUUCAUUAACCCCAGAGAGACAAACAUUACAAAUGAUACCAUGAAACAAUAUUUCAUUUAAAUGCAGCUUAGUCCAUUGUCUGGUUUUACAUUCACAACACAACUGCACUUGCCAAAUGAGAGACACCACUGGAGUCAAAUUGUUUGGCAGCAGAGCAUCACAGCUCCAUCCGUUUUGGUGCUGUUCAUGCCAGAGAGGGGCAGCGUUCGAGAUUUGGGCUGCCACUAUUGAGAACGCCCUUCACGAGGCGACUGCUCAGCUUCAGCUUGGUGAUUGGCUAAGGUAGCUGGAGUUGUAGUCUGAUAACAACUGGACUUGCAGGCUUGAUGAGCACUGAACGAGGCAACCCCCUGCAAUGCUGGCACCUCCCAGAUCCUGUUGCUGUUGCUCCCAUCACCACUACAUUCCUGGACUUCCUCUGUCCCAGCCUUGCUAUGAUUUGGAAUUUGAGGGGAGAAGGGCAAAUCUCUGUUGUACCUUUAUUUCACAGGCACAUUAGGGGGUUCUCCUUCUAUGAACCUAUUUCGCUUUUUUAGAACAGCUCACUUUAGCCGCUCCUAGUCCAGAAGUAAAACCAGUUUGCUACUCCAGCUUGGUUUCAGUUUCCUUUAACGCUGUAAACCAGGGGUCAGCAAACUUACCACGCCUCGGACCGGUGUCUCCAGAGCCGAUCGUGUGACGGGCCGGAGGGUGGGGGAGCGUGUGCCCAAAAGCGUGCGCACACGCUGUUUCUGGCGCACUUUUGGGUUGGAGGAGCGCCGGAAAUAGCUUGUGCGCAUGUGCACGGGCCUCCUCCGACCCGGAUGUGCACCGGAAAUAACGCGUGCGCAUGCGCACAAGCUAUUUCCGGUGCUUCUCCAACUUGGAAGUGGGCAGCCGCGCAGUGGCGGUAAGAGUGGGCGGUGGCGGGGGUUGCCGCGGGCCAGAUAAACAAGUCCCUCGGGCCUUAUCUGGCCCACGGGCCUUAGUUUGGGGACCCCUGCUGUAAACUAUGCAGCAGCAGUAGGCAACGUCUUUAGUUGUAGCUUGCAUUCUGUCUUCAUCUAUAGGGUAAGCAAGCAAUAAACUGUAUAAACAUGAUGGAGGAAUGAGUAAUAUGUGUUACCAACCAUUAGAAGCAGAAUAUAAUCAAGUUUAUUUUACUUUAUUAUUAUUUUUUGUAGAAUUUUUUUAUUAGUUUUCAAUUACAUUCCAGUAAUAGCCUCUUUAUAACAAUACCAAUUUGCAAUGCAAUUAUUAAUACCAAUCAUUCAAACAUCAAAUUAUAUAAUUUAAGUGGCUAGAUUUGACGGCUUUCUAAUUUUCUUUAUUUUUGCGUUCCAAAAUCUUAUUAGUUUCAAUUACAUUCCGGUCAUAAUAAUAAUCCCUUAUACAACAGCUGCAAUAUUAAUAACUUCUAUAUGUGUUGACACAUUAAAUGAUUUAUAAAACUUCAAGUGAGGGACUCAAAACUAUAUCAUUGUCCUUUCCUGUGGGUAGCACUUAUUCUGUCAAUGGUGUUUCUUCCUGUCCUUGUAAGACAUUAUAUCUUUCUCUCCCCCCCCGCCCCCCCGGCUUGUUGCUGUUAUCCAUCAUUCCUUGGGCGGAGCUGAUAUCCCAUUGUUAUAAUGAAGUUUAGUUUAAACUGUUUGAACAACUAACCUCCUGGAUCAAACGGCAGCUGCUAUAUCAAAUAUUAUUUGGUUGGCUCCAUGCCUCUCAACGGAGUGUGGCUAGUCCUUUAUCUGAAAAGGUAAUCACCUGGGCCAGAUGCAAUUCCUCACAAUAGUAGUUCUUAGAAUUAAAUUUAUUCCAAUAGACUUACUCGUGAAAGCACAGAUUUUAUACAGAGUCACUAGAACGCCUUAUUGCAUGGUUAGGUAAACUAAGGCCCGGGGGCUGGAUCCGGCCCAGUCACCUUCUAAAUCUGGCCCGCGGACGGUCCGGGAAUCAGCAUGUUUUUACAUGAGUAGAAUGUGCCCUUUUAUUUAAAAUGCAUCUCUGGGUUAUUUGUGGGGCCUGCCUGGUGUUUUUACAUGAGUAGAAUGUGUGCUUUUAUUUAAAAUGCAUCUCUGAGUUAUUUGUGGGGCCUGCCUGGUGUUUUUACAUGAGUAGAAUGUGUGCUUUUAUUUAAAAUGCAUCUCUGGGUUAUUUGUGGGGCAUAGGAAUUCGUUCAUUUUUUCCCCUUCAAAAUAUAGUCCAGCCCCCCCACAAUGUCUGAGGGACAGUGGACCAGCCCCCUGCUGAAAAAGUCUGCUGACCCCUGGGCUGGUGCAGACAGGAUGAUCCUGACUCAGUUACAUGAAGACAAUGAAUCCCUUCUUCUCUUCUCCUGCUGGUCUGAAGUGUGGUAAAAUGUUACACUGGCCUCCAUGUUGACCACAGUUAGGUCCCCUCUUAACCAGGAUUUGCAUCAUAGCUAAAAAAAGAACACUGGUUUGCGUUAUCUAACUUUUAACCUACUUAAACCAUCCAACCCUUAACCAUUAGUAAACAUUGUGAAGGAAGAGUGGGGGACUGUUCAUAGCAGAGGAGAGGAAAAAAUAAAUAUUCUCCCCUCUCCUGCUCCUGCUGUUUUUACCAUUCUUACAGGUCAAACUACAUGUGGCAUUCAUUAGUCAGUGAAACCAAUGGGACCUCUUUUGAUAAUACAAAUGACAGGUGCAAGAGACCAGUUCCGAUCAGGUGGGAUGCAAAGGGUCAAAGCCCCGCUGCUUUCCAUGCUAAGGUUUCUGUUAUGUACUGAAGUUCUCACCCUGGGCCAACAGGGGGAUACUGUAGAUAGUUAUACAAAUAAGGGAUUGAAAGUGACGUUCAGUGAUUGGAUAGUUUUAGAAAAUUGUUACAGUUACGUUGUACUGGUGCUCUAUAUAAGCAGGUUGGCUGAACCCUUCAGUUCAGUUCUGUUCUGGCCUGUGAAUAAACAAGAGCUGUUUGAAGAAUCGCUGUGUCGUCUGAUAUGUUCACCCACAACUUAACAGUUUCAAUGUGAAACAGCCCCCCCCUUCCAUGUAUACAUCCCAAGCAAAUGGAAUUAUGUGCCUAAUGUCAUGUGCAGUUCGACUCUAUAAGACCAGGAGUUCUAUGCUUCUGUGUUGGGGCCUAGUGCUGUUUUAGUCAGAAAUAUUAAGGCUCUGAAAGCCAGUAGAUUAUGGGUUUCUAAAGCAAAAUCCAGUGCCAAAAGCAGAUUUUGAAGGAUUAUCUAAAUAUUCUUACUAUUCUGCUACCCCACCCCAUCCCAAGCCAUAGUCAUUUGACCAAAUUGCUAGGUUUACUAACAGAUGUUUAUGGUUUUCAUCAAACAGGAUUCCUCUUCUCUCUCAUCUUAAUGGAACAUUACGAGGACUGAUUUAGAAGGAAGCUGGUUUGGCGUUACGUAGAGCGUCAGUUAUAAUCUUUGCCGCUUUCAGAAUGACUUUGAAUGUGACAGUUAUUUUGAUAGCCUUGUUGUACCCAGCAUUGCUGAGGAAUACAGUGCAGUUUUCAAACUGGUGGUUAAAAUCAAUGCAGUUUUGGAAGGAUUCACAAAGCCAUUUGAUUCAAAAUGGCAUUCAGUUGUAUCCAGACUUAGCUAGAAAUCUGCUUCUUCAUCUCAGGAACCAACUUUUAAAAUUUGGUUCCGAUAUCUUAAAAAGUGUCCAAAUGCACAAAACAAAUUUCCAAAAUAUAUAGCAGAAGGAGAUAUCAGCAAGCACAAUAGUCCUUUGCUUCCCUUUUGUUCAUCUCUUCCUAAAUACCGUAUUGGCCCGAAUAUAAGCUGCACCCACAUAUAAGCCGUAACUUCAAAAUUGGAGGGGGGGGGAAGAAAAAAAGAAAACAUACCCGAAUAUAAGCCACUCCAUUCCUGGCGCUGUUUGCUGCACUCUCCUGGCUGCAUACCCUAAGGUCGCGAAUAUCAGCCACACUUUAACUUUUCACGGUCGGAAUUUGGGGGAAAAGUGAGGCUUAUAUUCAGGCCAGUACGGUAGAACUUUUGAACUCACAUGCAAACAAACCACUUUAGCACUUUGCACAAACCCUCGCAUGCUAGAGGCAUCGUUGCUUGUGGUAUGCACACCCAUCCCACUCUUGUCUCCAUCCAUAGGUUAUAUAGAGCUUCAAAAUCACAGAAUCAUAGAACUGGAAGGGACUGUGAGGGUCAUUUAGUCCAUCCCCUUGUAAUGCAGGAAUCUUUUGCUCCAACCCAUGUCCCUGAGAUUAAGAGUGAUGCUCUACCAACUGAGCAAAGCCAAGCCUGUGGGUUAAUUAUUUUAUUUUAUAGAUUUUUUAUUGUUAAAAAGAAUCCUGCAACACGAUAAUGUUACAACAUAUUAAAAUUAUAAAAUAACAAACAGCUGUGAGCAAUAUUAAAAUAAUAGUAAGGUAAAGGGACCCCUGACCGUUAGGUCCAGUCGUGGCUGACUCUGGGGUUGCGGCGCUCAUCUCGCUUUAUUGGCCGAGGGAGCCAGCGUAUAGCUUCCGGGUCAUGUGGCCAGCAUGACUAAGCCGCUUCUGGCGAACCAGAGCAGCGCACGGAAACGCCGUUUACCUUCCUGCUGGAGCGGUACCUAUUUAUCUACUUGCACUUUGACGUGCUUUCGAACUGCUAGGUUGGCAGGAGCAGGGACCGAGCAAUGGGAGCUCACCAUCGCGGGGCGGGGAUUCGAACCGCUAACGUUCUGAUCGGCAAGUCCUAGGCUCUGUGGUUUAACCCACAGCACCACCCGCAUCCCAUUAAAAUAAUAGCAGACAAUAAAACCAUUUAUUACAAUGUAGUCCUUUUUUUGUUUUAGAAAGUUUUAGGAUUCGUCUAAAAACAAAUAAGCAGGGGAUCACACUUAUCUCCCCAUGGAAGUUAUUACACGGAUGGGGAGGAAUGUCUAGGGAAAGGAAGCCUGUGUUAUGCCACCUUCAACUCUCUGAAUAGCCACUGUCUGUCCUUUUGUUCUGUGACUUGGCUGCGAUGUUUGGAGAACAGACCCAAAAGCUUCAGAAUCUCCAAAAGCUAAUCUAGAGUAGGGACACAAAGUGUGUCUUUUCUAUGAACACAAUGAGCUGAUGUUCUUUCUUAGUACACAUCAUAAUGUGCAAGCCACUUUUGUUUCUACUUGAGUACAGGGACCGGGUGGGGAGGGGGUGGAGGGAGCCAGAGGGAAAGACAAGGGUGUCUGUUCUUCAUUAACACAAUUGAAACCAGACGUGUAAACAUUGGUACCUGGUCAUCAAAAGGAAAGGCUAGUUAUGCGUGUAUGUGUCUGCAUGAAACAUCCGCAGAAGAUCUGAGUGUGCCCACAUGAAAACCUUAAAGCAGAAACUGAAGAGGCUGUCUUUGGUUUUGAAUCCUAGGCUCAUGGAGGAGGAAGAGGACGACGACGACGAAGCCAUCAGUGGAAGAGUGGAAGAUGUCCUUGGGCAACCGCACUCCGAAGUCUCAACAGAUGUGUACAGCUCCCAGUUUGAAAGCAUUCUGGACAAUGCCUCUUUAUAUUAUAGCGCGGAGUCCCUGGAAACUUUAUAUUCUGAGCCGGAUAGCUACUUCAGCUUCGAAAUGCCGCUCACUCCCAUGAUUCAGCAGCGUAUCAAAGAAGACGCUCAAUUUUUAGAAAGGACUCCUGAUGGGGCAAUAAGAAAAGGCCACAGCGGCGGGAUUGCCAAUGGACUAGGAGAUGUGAAGGAGACGGACAUCACAGAAGCUUGUCAUUUAGAAAGGUAACUAAGAAAUGGCUUCCGUAUUACAUUUGCUGUUGCUUUUGCACUGAGAAUGAGCUUUUUAAUCCUCACGGGUAGAAGAAAGUGUUAGCUGAGUGGCACAUGACAAAAAAGUGUGUGUGUGUGUUUAAUUAGUUGCUAGUAAAAGGGACCUUGGUGUGAGAAGAGUCUCUAUGCUGCAGAGACCUCUGAGCGGCUGUGUGUGCUCUGUGCACAGAGCCCUACAAUGCUGCUGGGUGUUUUCCUUUCUGAAGACUAGGCUGCUCAAUGAUAGAGGCAUGUUUACAUGCACUCUCUGUGGACGAGGUUUUUGAGCAGGCUUCCUCAACCUCGGCCCUCCAGAUGUUUUUGGCCUACAACUCCCAUGAUCCCUAGCUAGCAGGACCAGUGGUCAGGGAUUAUGGGAAUUGUAGUCUCAAAAAUAUCUGGCGGGCCGAGGUUGAGGAAGCGUUUUUGAGCCUCUCUUUAUCUGCACCGUGUUCUUGGUUAAGCUAACAGUAGGACCAAAUCUUGGAGACAUUGGCUCUUUUUAAUGCCUGAAUGGGCAUGCAGUAUGUUCAGUCAACUGUCUAGAACUUAAAUACCAUAUGUGCUAUUAGCAAGAACCUAUUUUGCCUGGUAUACAAAGUAGAUGGGAUAAGCCUUGGUCCCAGUUUCGGUGAAUCCCUUCCACCUGCGGCAAAAUUUAAAAAGAAGUGGAUUAAUCUCUCCAUGACUUUGCCAGUUUCCCAUAAGCAUGGAGAUUUUGAUGUUGGGAAAUGUCCAAACCUAUGACCUUACCUAUCCUAGCGGUGUGCAGCAGUACAGACACAGGAACGCUGUGCCACAUAUUCUGUCAAAGGGCCAGAUGUAAAGUAAUGUGAAGCUUGACACGUCAAGCACUAGGAAUCUUUUAAUUUAAAACUGUAAAUAGCAUUUGCUCACAGUUAUCCCUUGUUCUCCUUCUCUUCCUCUCUGUCUGGCUGGCAGCUAGAAUUGAUUGUAAGCUUCUCUAGGCAGGAACCUCUCUGUCUGUCCGCCCUGCUUAUGUUACCUUAUAAAGUUCGGUGCACAGUGAUGGUGCAGUAUAAACAAACCUUUAGUGCAGAUGAGUUGAUAGGCAAUCUAUAGCCAUUGUGUCAGCUGUAGGCCUCUCCCAGUGUAUUAUUGGUACAAUGGAAGGCAUGCACGCUGGCUCAGGUAUCUGGGUGGGUAUGUGUCGCCAUUGCCAUGGACAGUCUGUUAAUCUUAUUCAUUAUGAGAAUAAGCCUUCAGCUCAUUUAAGGAAAUUCGAAGAUCUGGCUUGGAACCACCAAGGCUAGAAGUGUAAGCAAAUGCUGAACAAGCUGUCAUAAGAAGCUUAACUCCGCAUUUUCUAUUUGCUGUUGGGCUGUCUUAUCAACAAAGGCUUUUGGAUUUCAUUUUACUUUCUCUUAUUAAGCCUGUGUGGUGGAAGAAAAUAAGUUAACAGAUAGGUGGGGCUUCUCUGCGCUUUGAUGUACAGCUUCAAGGCAUGGGGCACUCAGUCCUAUCUCCUAAUAAAAAGUAUGGCGGGGGGUGGGGGAAUGAAAGCUUUUAGCUUAAGCAUCUUGAGUGCUGGCAGUACAGCUUCCCGGUUCUGCAUGUUGUAACAGAAUGAAAGCUAGGGCUGAACUAAUCUUCCCAGGGGAAGUUAGCAAGCCAGAUUUACUUGGAAAUUGGAACAUAAGCUAAAUAUACCUCACAUUUCCCCCAACUGAAUGUGCUUUUAAGCUUGGCUGUGUUGUCAGUUGCUAGUUGGACAUUUGUUUCUGUUUACACAUAUUUUUAAUUUAUUUGUGCUAUUUAUACUAUGCCUACUAACCAAACUCAAUAGAUAUUAAAGCCUUUAACGCUCUUCUGUUCCUUAGGAUUUUGCAGUUUGAUGCACUUGUAAUGUGUACCUUUUAGAAAUGUAUUAGUCAGCGUCUCCUAUAUUGGCUGAAUUUCCACAUAAAGCCAUGUUUUGGCAGUGCUAUGUGGAUGAGCCUCAGCAGUAUGCUGUGCUUGCCUGCUCUUUCCUUCCAUUUGAACCCAGGAUCCCUAAGCUUCAUAACAAGCCAGGGGAAUAUGAUCUGCAGACCAUGAUGCCUUUUCAAGAAGUCCUUGAGACCACAAGAGAAAUCGAGGAAUAUGUUAAAAGACCUUUCGCAAGCAGAGGCUGAAAUAAAAUCACCCUUAAAUAGCAGUGUUUGGCGGACAAACAACUUUGUGACGUGUGCUAGACGUUUCGCCCUGUCCGUUCACCAUGCGUGUUUAAUGCAGCUGCAUUCGAGUUCUGAACUGAGAAGCUUUUCAAGCAGACUCCCACAUGGUUGCUGUAACGUGGAGAGAGAAAAAGAAUUAUUACAUGUUAGGGCUCAGAGAACAGGCAAAGGAGAAUAGCGGCCUUCAAGACAAUGGAGUUUUAACAAUUGCUCGAUGUGGCAGCCUGUGCUGAUUCAUUAGGAUAAGUCAUGCUGUCAGUAGAAGCAAAAAAUGUUUAAAAAGGAAAAGGAAACCUGGAAGAAUGCUGAGCAGCCAAUAGGUGUCCCCUUUGAGCUGCUGUGAGGAGUUCAGUAUGGUAUUCAGAACAGCAUGUUUUUGCAGCUUCUUGGUUCAAAGGUAGCUCAGGCUCCAAAUGAUAUGGUCAACAACAACUUAGCAACCCCCAUUUAUAUACUCAGGACAUGUUGGGGAUCAACUGACUUGCAUGGGAGACAAAAUGGGCUGCAACAAGGCAGACACAGUUGAAGAGAGGCAGAAUACAUAACAGAUUGCAGCUCUUAGUACUGAGUGGGGCCUGCUGGAAACUGAGCUUUUUUGUGUGGCCUGUGCAAACCCACCUUCCGUUUUGUUCUUGCUCACUCUAGAGUGUGACAAAGAGACUGAACCUAGGAACUGACUUUACGUACUUAUUUUUAUAUUGCACUGUGCUUGUGGCUGAGUAGGUGUGAUAGCUAAGCUCACUGUGCAGUUACUUAAAGCAGUUUGCAAUCCAGUUUAUGCAGCGGAACAGGAAGUUUGCUGGAUGCGCAGAGAUCAAAACCUCACAUGGGGUGGCUUAUGACUGAGAACAGGUCCAAGGAGAGAAACUAAGGGAGACUUAAGAGCAAGAAUUUGAAAGGAAGGUGCAGAGUAACUGAGAGAUGAAGGGAUCAGUGGAGAAUGAGGUUUGAGGACAAGGAAAGAGGAGACAAAGAAUUGAUGCAGUGUGAUAACAUGGGAAACACAGCAGUGCUAAAACAAGUUUUAUAAGUCCACAAAAGUUAUUAGCCUCUGUAAUGUUUUGCUAGCCUGGUGGGGGCUGACAGAAGAGGGUUGAAGAGCUACAUUUCCUCCUUUAGUAGCAGCCCAUUUGGUUUCCAUGUUAGGCAGAGAGGAGGGAUCCUCACUUACCAACUUGAAAUUCCUGAUCACCUAUGGUUACCGGGCUAGUAUUUAAAUGCAAAUCUCUUUGUGUGGAUGUUUUGGGAAAACAACAACCCCAAUAUCUUUAUUAAAUACUGUAUGAUCAAACAAAAAAGGGAAAGGCAAGGUUUAAUAACUCCAGAACUCUGUGGAACGUGGUCCCCUAAUAACAGAGGUCUGGUUUUCUUAAUUGCGAUUGAAUUGAUGUGCUUAAUCUCCCUUUUGAGCUUCUGUUCUUGUGCUACUUGCCCUUCUAGCUUUUAUAUGAAGUGUUUUUGGUUUGCCUUUUGCCAUGUUAGAAAACUCCAAUACAAUAUAUGUUAUAAUAAUAAUAAUAAUUCCAGAACGGUUGAAUGUGAAAGGAGCAACAACAACUGUGAGCCACCUGAGAUGAAGAGGGGCUAAAUACUGUGGAGAAAGAGAAUGUGAAAUGCUAGGGAGACUGUUGAGGGACAGGGUAGAAGAAGGAAGUGGAACAAAGUAGGCUGUGGCCUGAAAAGGCAUAAAUCUGAGGAAAUUAUUUUUUUGGGUGGAGACAUGAAGAACAGCAGAACCAAAGGCUAAGUGGGACCGAGGCAGAAUUACACAUAGGGGGUUAGAGGUAGGAGAAGUUGCGCUUUCUUGAAGGAAGUGGAUGGGCAAGGGGAGGAACUGAAGAUUAGGGGGUAAGGAUAGGCUUCCUUUGCGGAGAAUUUAUCAACCCGAAUAUUGGAAUUUUGCCACAGAAGGGUUUGUGACCUGGCCAUCUUAAGGGGCCCCAGUGUGGACUAGGAAGCAGUGAGUGAUGGCGGGGGCUGAAUGUCACAGACUGGCUUGAAGUAGCCAGCGCAUACUUUGGCUCUAGACUUCCAACAUUCAUGUACACUCACAUGCAAAAUACCUAUCAGUAUCAUGGGCAGGUUGGUGUUGAGGGGAGGGUUUUUUACUAUGAAGACUUCCAGCAGAAACAGUUUGCCCCGUACACGAAAUUUUAUUGCGCUCCCCUGAAGGAUCCCAGACAGUGAGGGUUAGGUUGCACAGAGUCAUGGAUCCUUGGCAAUUUUUUGCCCUUAGGACAGUAGCGUUCCCUCCUCCCUCAGGACUCGACGGUUGCCACUGGCGACUGUUCCUGUUCCCUGCCUCAAUUAUUUCAGCUACUGGAAAUCAUGCCACGUCACAUCCACUUAGUCCCAUCUUGAGUUCUCUGUUUUGGUCAUGGUAGGGGCAGGCUGUGUGAGAAAAGAGACCACUUCCCUUUUUGGUGCCUUGCUACUCUUGUGUAACGAUAUACCGUUCCUCACACGUUUAAAUCCUCAGAUAUAUGCGAAUUUAUCUCAGGUAAACCCAGGUGAGAGGAUUUCAAGCCCCCUUCAGCCAGGAGAGUUGUCCUCAAAAACAAAUGAAGAAAAUGGCCUCAGUCAGAGGGAGCCCUCUCUGAACUUAAGUCACAAUAUCUCAAUAUCUGCCUGCUCUCCAUGGAAGCCAGUUAUCCGAUAAAGGUUUAUGUCUUUGUGGCCUGUCCUGUUAUGGUGCUGAUGGCUGACUCCCGUUGACCACCGUUUAUCAGGGCUUCUGCAUCUGGAACCAGUACCAAGUGGCGAAGUAAUGUUCUUACUCCUGCUAACUCCAACCCACCUGCUUCCCAGUUUCUCUCAUUCUCCUCAGGAAAGACAGCAGCCACUGUAAGGAGAAUGAGAGAAGCGGUUUGGGACGCAGACAGGCACAUGAAUGAGCUCAGGUGCCCAAUCCCAGGGAACAGCAGGUAGAGCUCGUGUGUGUGUGUCUGCCUCCCUGUCUGUUUCCUCACAGGGGCCAUUGUGUUUUCCUGAGGAAAAAAACAAGUCAGUCAGUCAGUUGCAUGCAUGAGCUCAAAGACCCAGGUAUGGAGCACAGCUGUAAGAGCAUCAUGGCGUCCUUCAGAAAUAUGCUCCAGUUGCUGCACUCUGUGACUGGGCCUCCAAGCUCGUGUGUGUUUCUACACGCCUUCCAUUCUUUUAGGGAAUAGUAGGAACAGCUGCAGAGCAAAACCCAGGCAACAUCAAGGCAGGGUCGGCACCCUUCCUUCUGCUCACAACCUGGCCCCUAUGAUCUUGGGUCAGGUGGUCUCUCUUUCCCACCUUUAUUAUGUCCCAGUUGCAAAGCAAUCUCCUCCACUAUAUCCCUCCUAUUCCUACAUAUGGCACAAAUCAGCUCACAGCGUCUGCUAGACCCUUCUCCACCUGGUAACGUAUAACCAACCCCUCUGUGCCACUAUUUUUGGUAUUCAGCUUGCCAUUAGCAGGGAGCUCACAGAGGGAGAUAAAAAGUUUGAUUCUCCCCAUCCUUGGUCCCACAUAUAAGACCUGAACCCUGAGAAAAGACAACCCUCGUCUACAUAAAAAGGUUUUCCUACUUAGGCUUAGCUGAUCAAAUUUAUUUUCUGCCUUUCUUCCAGGGACCUUAGGGCAACAUACAUAGGGCUACCCCACUCCAGAAUUACCAGUCUUAGAUGGUAAAAUAGGCUGAGAAUGAUUUGCCCAAGGCUGCCUAGUCAGCUUGGUGGCUUAGUGGAGACUGAAGACUGCUUUUGUGAGAACAGACUUCGGCUAGCUGCUGCCGACUGACCAGUAAUGGCCAGCAGGUACCGUAUUUUUUGCUCUAUAAGACUCACUUUUUCCCUCCUAAAAAGUAAGGGGAAAUGUGUGUGCGUCUUAUGGAGUGAAUGCAGGCUGCGUAGCUAUCCCAGAAGCCAGAACAGCAAGAGAGAUCGCUGCUUUCACUGCGCAGCGAUCCCUCUUGUUGUUCUGGCUUCUGAGAUUCAGAAUUUUUUUUUCUUGUUUUCCUCCUCCAAAAACUAGGUGCGUCUUAUGGUCUGGUGCAUCUUAUAGAGCGAAAAAUACGGUAAUUGUUUUUCCGAGUUGCUUCAUUGCUUCCAACAGAAGCAACGCAGAAGAUAGCACAUCUUCUCCUUGAAGACAUCAUCUUAAAUCUUGUGUGUGUUUAUAGGUCCGGAGAGGGGCCAGACACAGAACUCGAAGCCUGCACCAGGCCACAAAACUACUACGUAUUUAGUAAAUCCAGUACUGAUAGUGCCCUCUUCAUUGACCCAUUUCUGCUGUCCUUGAGUGUCCUUCAUGUGUUUGAUCUAGGUAAGGAACAUAGGAAGUUUCCUUAUACAAGAAUCGUCUGUCCUUUCUGGCCACGGAGUUCAGGCAGGGGUCUAUCCCAGCCUUACCUAGAGAUGCCAGGGAAUGCAAAUUAUGACGUUUGACUCCCAUCCGUUUAGAAAUAUUUUUUAACUUUAACAUGGACUUGAAGCGUCAAAACAGGUUGGUAAGCAUGUCUGAUAGCUAGUGGAUGUACAGAGGACCAGAUUGGAGAAACCAGCUGGUCCUUUGAAAGCCAAGAUAUGAGCAAGAGGACCAGAGCUCAGCAGGAAAUGGAUUUUCUGUCUCAAUACUGAAGAAUCUGUCAGAAGGGAGAUGCAAUCCCUUUGUAUCCUUUUUUUUUUUAAGAUGCCAGGUAGAUUUUAGAUCAGAGGCCAGUUGUCUGUGUGUGUGUGUGUGGUCGUUUAUGAAGCUCUGACGGCCGUGGUGCAAAGCAGAGCCAGGCUCUAAAUGUUGGUUAGAGAUCAGCUGAUCGACAGGAGGGGUGAUGUGUGGCAGUAAUGUUAUCCAAUCCUUUAAAUGAAUGAGCAGAAGGGGACCAACCUUUUUCUCCAUGCGGUUCAGCUGUUAGGGGGCUGAGUUUCAGGGAGAGGGGGGCUUGAGAGGCGAAGCCGCUCUGUGAAAGUGAGUCACAUGGCUUUGAAAUUAAAAAGACUGAUUAGUAGCUUGUGGGCUAAGGAGUCCCUAUGGGCUCCUUUGUGUCUGGGUGUUUCUCUCCGCCUGGCCUAUCAGCUGCUGACCUUGGCUACGUUCAGUAAGUCUGUGCCCAAACUCUGCAUGGCUUCAGUGUACUUGCUGUGACAUUGGGGUGGGGUGGGGGAAGCAGUGUUCUUUUGAUCGCAAGGUGGGAGAGGCAUGCCUGGGAGAGAGAGAGGCCUUGGCUGCUCUGAAAUCAGUUAGCAUGCAUGUUUUAUGUAGGAUCUUGGCUGAGUUUCCCCUAAAGGGCGAGGUUGUUUUUGAAAAGGGGAACUCUCUCUUAAACAUAGUUCGGUUACUAUGUGAUCUCACUUCCAAAUAAGGUGCAGCAUCCAACAAAAGAGUUGGGAGCUAAAGAGAGAGAGAACCUGCUAUUUCUGGAAGGAUAUUUCCACUCUUGUGUUUCUGUUUUGUUUUGUUUUGCCUUGGAGUUCGAUAGCUAGCAUUUGAAGAGACAGGGCAGCUAUCGCAGGAGGUUUAGCCAUCGCCAGCUUCGGCUCAUUGAAUGGAUAUGAGCCAGCUUUUUAUAGGAUGCACAGAUAAGAUAUAGAUACACACACGCCCCCCCCCCCCAGCAAAUUGAUCCAGAUCUGCUCCUAUCGUUGCCAUCCCAGAAAAGAAAAAGGGAGGGGGCAGGGGAAUGAAUGAUGUCUGUGGUGUUUAGAGGCCACUUAGGGGUAUAAAAAGGGGAAUUUGGGCCUUGUCUCACCACCAGCACAGACACAUGAUAUUUUGCACCCUCUUCUCUUUAAUUAAGAUAGGAUUAAAGUCUACUUGGAAUGUCUUCUCUUCAAGCCUCACUGGAAGGAAGCCUGUCUGUGGCUAGUACAACAGUUGUAUAUCUUGUUUUUUUAAAAAACAGCUUUGAGACCUACAUGGUUUAAAGCAGGAUACAUUAAAAAAAUAAAAAUAACGACACAUAUGCAAUUAAUUCAGUAUCUCUUCUGAGCCUCAGAGCAAGACUGUUUUACCUUAGGGUAAUUCCAUUGUUCUGCACAUGUUUCCUAUCUAUUAAGAAUGCAAUAAGAGUCCCACUGCAUCAAACCAGGAUCCAUCUAGUCUAGCAGCCUCUGUGACAGCUGCAGGGCAAUCUGACUUUGGGAAACUGACAAGCAGGGCAUGAAAUCAACAACCCCUCUCCUGUUCUUUGGCUCCAGCAGCUGGUACUUGGAGGUAUCCAAACUCUGAAGUAUGUGUAUUAGGAGGUGGGGCUCUGUGUGUGUACGUACGUACAUGUACUUACAUGGCGUUAUAGGCACCUAGGAGCAGAGGAUAUGGAGAUGUGUAUGUGUAUGUACACAAGCAGGAUGUGAAAGUGGUGUAGGAGGUGACAAACUGAGACCUAAUUUCUCGCUGGUUAUUGUUUUGCGUCCUAGCUCAGAUGAAAUAGGCAACUUUUUCAUGCACACACUUAAAUAAAAUGGCCAUUACAUUGAAUGAAGUGACAACUUUUGAUGUAGCCUGGGAGUACAGCACGUGUUGCAGGGUAGGAAGGCAGACAGAAGAACUUGCCUUAUUCAGAGUUAGAAUGAUGGCCUGCACCUGUUCCACUGGUCUUCAGUUCGUGGGUCAAGACUCACUACAGGGUCACAACCUGACCUAAGGUGGUUUACAACACAGCAGCGGCACUACCACCCCACGUAUAUUUGGUGAACUAUUAAAAUAUGGGUACCCAAAUGCACAUUUGAGUUAAAGGUGAGCCCCAGGUCUGAAAUGGUUGAUACCUCAGGUUACAUACGUUUCAGGUUACAUAUGCUUCAGGUUACAGACUCCGCUAACCCAGAAAUAGUGCUUCAGGUUAAGAACUUUGCUUCAGGAUGAGAACAGAAAUCGCAGAGCGGCGGUGCGGCGGCAGCAGGAGGCCCCAUUAGCUAAAGUGGUGCUUCAGGUUAAGAACAGUUUCAGGUAAAGAACGGACCUCCGGAACGAAUUAAGUACUUAACCUGAGGUACCACUGUACUGCUGAAUCUCUUCCUGCCUUGUACCCAGUUCAACUUUGAAGGGGGAGGGAGAGGGGUUUAUGCGUAUGUUUCAUAUAUUUGUUUAUAACGUACUGGUUACAUGCAUGAUAUUUUACAAUGCAAGAUAAACACAAAAUAAUCUAUAUAUAUUUUAAAAAUGGACUGCCUCAAGGUUCCUUCUGUUCCUUCCUAAUGAGAAAUGUGACGUUCUAAUGUUUUAUGUGGAAGAAACAUAGAGGAAGGAGGGAUGGAAGAGAGAAGGAUAACAUAUACCAUCCGUUAGACUUAGCAGUAGUUUUUGGAUACAGGCAACAUUUUUGUGGGGGUUACGUUCCAAGGCACUGCGCAUUUAAGUGAAAUUGUGUAUAUGGGUAACACCACUGGAAAAGCUUGCAAACGCCCUCUAAACUUCCUUGCUCAAACCUCAACUCUCCAUAGGUUUCAAAGGUUAGUGCAAAGGAUCCUGAGAGUUAAUACUGUAUAUUCUAUCUUCACAGCAACCCUGUGAGGUAGGUUAAGCUGAGGGGGAUCUUGGGACCGCCACAAAUGCCUAACCAGCCUACCUCACAGGGUUGUUGUGAGGAUGGUGGGAGUAAGAGCACAGUGCCGGCUACCUUGAGCUUCUCAAAGGAAAGGUGGGGCGUAAAUAAUUGGGGGCUAUAUAGAAGAGGCAAGGGACGCGGGUGGCGCUGUGGGUUAAACCACAGAGCCUAGGACUUGCCGAUCAGAAGGUUGGCAGUUCGAAUCUCCGCGGCGGGGUGAGCUCCCGUUGCUCGGUUCCUGCUCCUGCCAACCUAGCAGUUCGAAAGCAUGUGAAAGUGCAAGUAGAUAAAUAGGUACCGCUCCGGCGGGAAGGUAAACGGCGUUUCUGUGCGCUGCUCUGGUUCGCCAGAAGCGGCUUAGUCAUGCUGGCCACAUGACCCAGAAGCUGUACGCCGGCUCCCUUGGCCAAUAAAGCGAGAUGAGCGCCGCAACCCCAGAGUCAGCCACGACUGGACCUAAUGGUCAGGGGUCCCUUUACCUUUUUAUAUAGAAGAGGCAGGUUUUAAGAUGGGUUUUCAAAGAACAGUGAGCUGUAGUACCAUUGGAGGAAGGGUGAUUUGGGGUGAAGAGACAGGAAGGGAGAAUUGAUAGAGUUGUUUGAGAGCAGGUGAGAACAGAAAAUAGCUCGGGCUUUUAAGUGACAAAAAUAGAAAUAUUAAUAGUAUCUAUAACAAGGGAGUGAAAAGGUGGGAAAACUGCUCCAGCUUUGCAGAAUCCCAGUACCUUUCAAUCUCUGCAGCAUAGCUCUUUUCAGCUGUCUUUUAGUGAGACGCUAGUCAGACUGGUGCAUGCAGGCUCAGAAUUUAACAGCGUGGCUUCUCUGAUCCAUUAGUUAGGUCUGUCAGUAAAAAAAAAAGAAAAAUGCCACAACCCUUUGCAUUCUUGCUAGUUAACUCUGCUGUUCUCAGCUGUCUACCUAGAGUGAUAGCUGCAAUCACUUGCACUGAAAUUCAGGGUUCUCCUUUCUCCUCUCCCUUCCAAACUUAGUGUGACCACUAGGAACCAGUAUUCAAGCUGUUUGGCGGCGUAGCUGAUAAAGAAGCUGAUUUGCAAAGUGGAAAGGUUAGUUUGCUGGAGCUGCUAGUGUUUUGUUUUUUUAAAAAAGAGUUAUGCAGCCGGCAAGCAUGAGACGUUUAUAUUCAAUUACGCCCCCCCUCCGGGGAAAAACACCACCACCUAUUUGAAAAGGAAUUGUAAAUGCUGUAUUUUUGGAGCAGCUGUUUCUCUCCUCUAGAGGACAGAAUUUAAUCCAGAAGCAAUUGUAGAAAUAGCUGGAGCUACUCUUUUGUUCUGGUCUCCAAAUGGUUAAAGGGAAUGUUAAGUGGGGGGGGGGGUCAGGAGUGACUUCAUUGUAUAUUGUUCUUGUUUGAAGCAGGUCUGUUGGAGGGAUGUUAUGUUAGGGAACUAGGAAGAAGGGGAAGGAAGUCCUUAAAUUUGUUUUAAGUUUUAAUUCCUGCUCCCCAAGGGAUGCAUAAAAGCAGAAACUUGUGUAUGAUGUGUGUUUAUUCCUCUUUCUGAAGCAUGAGAAGGUAUCGGUGGAGAGAAAAGAAUUGCUGAGCAGGUAGAAUGCACUGAUAACACGUUUGUCAAGGGCAUAGUUACCGGCUGACCAUUUUCCAAGCCAGGUAAUUAGAUAUUUCCCUACUUCUUUUUCAGUUAACUGUGAUUUAGCAGGGGAAAAAAUGCAAUUUUACUCUGAGAAUCAGCCUAAGACAUGCUGCUUUUGAAAAUCAAGUUUGUGACUAUAAAGUCAAGAACGGUGUCUAUAUCUAGCAAUGCAUUAACAAUGCAUUGUGAGAUAAUUAAAAUGUUAUUCUCCCUGCACCAAUUAAGGUUUCAUUUCUAAAUCCGCUUGCUAGGGAGUAAGCACCAUUGGAGAUAGUGUGACUUAACCACUUUGAGGUUGAAUAUAAAUCCUUGUGUUUAUAUGCAGUUAAUUAAGAUGAAUCAUUAGGGAUUAGUGAAGCUACCAAGGCCCAUAAUUACUUUCUACUAUUUACCUGGGCCUAAGAUGCCAGGAAUUUUCCUUCUAGCUGAACUCUGAUAGCCUGCUGAUAGAUUUCAAUAAGCUUGACCCUGCCAUUCUAUACGCAUUAUUGCCCUGCCAAUUGUAAAUUAAAUCAGACCUUAAAUUCUUCUUCUUACAAUUACCUUGUUUUUCUUAUAAUUGAGAGAAAUGCACAAUGUAUACAUGAUGAAGUUCUUGCACAUAUAGACACAAUUCCACUUUGAGAAGUGUGGUGCAAAUGGUACAGAGGCUGUUCAUUUAAACAAGAAUUUGUUUCACACAUGAUUCUAUCAAACCUUUCAAAAAUUAGAUUUUAAGGAGCAGCAAACUGUCAUUAUCAGUAAAAUAUCAAACAAACUGCCCAUUGUGGCAAGGGUUGUGUUUAUUGGUUUAAUCCUGCUUUCAUGCAUGGGAUAGCCUUGAUCCUCUUAUCACAGUUAUCCUAUAAAGUUAGGCUUUGCGUCCACUAAUCUAGACACCCACUAAGGUGCUUGAGUGUGUGGCUGGACACUUAAUAGAUGUACCUGGAUGAAACAGAGUACCUGCAACUCUGGGCAGGUCACAACAAAAUAUUAAAAACACAAUAAAACCUCAAACAUUAAAAACUUCCCUGUACAGGGCUACCUUCAGAUGUCUUCUAAAAGUCAUAUAGUUCUUUGUUUGACAUCUGAUGGGAGGGUGUUCCACAGGGCGGGCGCCACUACCGAGAAGGCUCUCUGCCUGGUUCCCUCUAACUUCACUUCUUGCAGUGAGGGAACCACAAGAAAUAUAAAUAGGUAAUCUGCACAUUAAUUAGGGAUUUUCUCCUGUUUUACUUGCUGGCUGCUAAUUGAAACCAGCGCUUAAAAAUGUUUAAGUAUAUAUAUUUGUCAGAGAGAAAGCGGAGGAAGGGAGGAGGAUGUUGGCGUAGUGAGUCCAUGAUUCUCUUGGGCUACAGCAAAGCAGACAGACCUCAGAUGUGUGCCAGCAAACCUUAGUAUGACUUGACAGAGUCAGUUAAGUGCUGUAGGAAAUAAGUAUGUUAGUAUCAAAUUUUAUUUCGGUCACAGACCAGCAUAAGAUAAAACAUAUGGAUAAACUGAACACAUAAGGCUUAAAAGAGGUAAGGAAUAAAAACCAGUAAUUAAAAGGUGAUUAUAUUGUACAUAUUUAAAAAGAUAGAAACAGAGACAAACAGUUAAAAGCGACUAUAAGGGAGGGAGCGUGAAGGUCUUACAUUUGGGGCCUAGUUUGUGUUAAAUAAUGAAGGGACCCCAAGAGGCGCCGCUUAUCCCAAUUGUCUCUUCUCAGUGCAGGUAAUUCUGUGUGUCUCAUCAGGUUCAGUGUCCGAAUUACCUAAGUUACCAUUUAAAAUAUUGCAAUACAGGUAAGAAUUUAUAUUGGCAACAUUAUUUAAACGUGCACCCUAAAAGCAAACUCAUUGCCUAUAAGAGUGUAGUGCAGGGGUCCUCAAACUUUUUCAGCAGGGGGCCGGUACACGGUCCCUCAGACCUUGUGGGGGGCCGGACUAUAUUUUUUGGGGGGGAAACGGCAGCGGAGGGAUGACAAGCCAUGCGUGAAAGAAUGCGAGAGGGAAAGAAUGCGCAUGCUGGCGAUCCAUGCAGCGAUUCCCGGACCGUUCGCAGGCCAGAUUUAGAAGGCAAUUGGGCCUGAUCCAGCCUGCGGGCC